AUGAUAUUUCUACCCCAUACAAACACUGUAAUUUUACUGGAACCGUACUGUGGUACCAUCACAGAGCCUGGGUUACCUGUGCGACAUUAGGGACUUUGAUACAACGACGCGACGACGGUGAGAACGUCGCUUAAAAAGUGAAUUUGCGUUCUUUCAGUCUAUAUCGCAAUUACUCCUGCCCACUUACAUUGUCAAAUGUAGGCGAACCCUCCUGGAGUUGAAUCCCUAGGCACCAUAUCCAAGUACAGUAAGAGAAAUGAAAUUUCGUCGUUGCUUGUUUACGUCCUCCGUAAAACGCGAAAUUAGGCAUUUUCACGUCGUAGUCGUGCAAAACCGGGCAGAGAAAUGUACAAAAAGCAUGGUGCACGUGCAAAGUUGUUGUUUUGCUAAUCAAACCUAUUGUCUGUUUGACGUUCUCGUUACCGUCCGAGUCGUUGGAUCUUAAAGUCCCUAUUGUUUCGAAUGGUCACAACAUUGUUCCAACAUUGCAACGCUGUGUUGCGCUAAAAAUCGUCUUUGCGAAUCGUCCCGUGUAACAUCACCUUUAGAGCGAAAAUCCUCGCGUAAUAUAUACUGACUGAUCAAAGAUAAUGAUCAGCAACAAAGACUUCUUUAAAAGAAAAUGAAUACUAACUCCUUAUCAGAAAGUUAAUUUAAAAUUGAUAACCUUGUUGUUCUUUUUUUACCGUAUUUAUUGGGCUAUAAGCCGAGCGAUUUUUAAUAUUUUUACACAAAUUAAACUGAAGUUUAUAAUCGAAAUUUGAGCCCUAGAAGGGGUCUCGGUAGUUUCUUUUAGCACUGUAAUAAUUUAACGAUUAAUUUAGCUAUUUUAUUGUUUUAAUUAGUAUGCUUUUGUAGUAUCGCAGUUAUGGUUAAUAUCAAUAAAUAAAUAGAUAAAUAAAUAAUAAUUCCUUUCAAUGGUUCCGAACGCCUUCCCCAUCAAAAGGACCUCUUUACUGCUGCCUAUUAAAGCCGGCUUCUGCUUCCGCAAGUGAGGAUUUUUAGCCCUUCAGUUACAACCAUUACAGUUUGCAUUUACUUGAAAAUAAAGACAGCAUAAUUUUUAAGGCAAUAGGACAAUUGCACGAUGACGUCAUUUGACUACAACUACCAGAAUCCUUGAGUUUGUUGUUUUCUUAUGCAAAUUAAGGCUAUUGUUCUGUAAUCCUCAGCGGGAUUGACAAAUUUAAAUAACAAAGCAAAACCGAAAUGAAUUGUGGUAGUUGUAGUCAAAUAUCGUCAUCGUGCAAUUGUCCUAUUGGAACAUUGCUGCCUUCACUGAACAUUACUCCCUUCAAAUACUAGAAGUGCCUCCCUUUGCAUUGGCGCCCCACUCUUGACUCAGAAAUUUAAAUAAGCAACCCGGGCGCUUAUUCAAGCAUUUACGAAGCCGACUUUUAAAAUCACAGGAGCUUCAAUAAGUGAAUGCACAAAAAUACUUAAAUAGUUGCUUUAAACCAGCCUAGUCCCCAGGCGUUUUCGGCUCGGUCAUUCCUGGACUCUACCAUGAUCUGUGACGUCACUGAGAGAUACUCGCCGAGAACGCCGUUCUCUCGCCCACUCUCUCUCAGACUUCACGCGAACAACGGAUCAAGAGAGAACGCCUAGGGACUAGACUGGCUUUAAUCAUAAACAUAUAGAAAAGAAACUUAAUCAUAUGUUCACUACUAGAGUAGCCCAAUGUCAUUCCUGAUAAAAGGAGAGAUUUUCCACAAACAUCUCGGAAGCUGGGCAAAGUCCCUUAUGUAAUUCUACAGCUUAAAAUUAUACCUACAAAAAUUACUGUAUUAACUUUAAUCAUGAAUGUAUUUUUUAUGCCUUAACUUUAUGUACCUAUAUAUUGACUGAGUGGGAGGGCCGGACAGGAAUAUAUUUGGCUCGAGACCUGGGCGUCUUGGAAGAGAACCAAAUACUUUCCCGUCCGGCCCAACCUAACUCAGACAAAACGUUUUAUUCUACAUCAGACUCACUAUGAAAAAUCUGAUUGGUCGAGAGCAUUCAAUCAAUUCACAAUAGCUUGAGAACUUGAUAUGAUAAAUGCAAUAUCUGCUGCAGAUCAUUUGCAUUUAUCAUGUCAAGUUCAACGUCUGCCUGGUUACCAAGCCCCUUGGAGUGUUCUCCUCAGAAACAGAAUGGCUGAACGCUUAGCUUCUGUUUCUGAGGAUGAAUUAUGUCGAUUUUUCUAUUUUAAUGUAUACUUUAUUCAGACAAAGGCCAUGAUAUCAUGAAUUAUCAAAACCUCGUGUCUGUAUUAUCUGCCUCAGCCUUCGGCUUCGGCAGAUAACACAGACCUCUGUUUUGAUAAUUCAUGAUAUCAAGCUCAACCUCAUCCAAUAAUUGUUUAUUAUCACAUUUUUUUAUCACAUUUUUUCCACGCUUUUUUUUCUUUUUUCCAGCCCUAUAACUUAACGCCUAUGGCCCUCAAACGGGACUUUUUUUCAUUUGGUUUUCCAAUUUUCGUUUCAUUUUUAAAAAACCCUCUCGGAAGUGGGACGCUAACAGUAUUUACACAGAGCCCAGCCUCGUAAGUUUGUAAAUCCCUCUCUUUGAAGAGAAUUUCUGUAGCCUAAAUUGCAGUCCUAAAACUGAAAUUAGUAUGUGUAAUCAAAUGGUGACGAGUGAAAUUAGGAUUUGGACAAAACGCAGGUGAAAUUAUUCCCUAAUUUCACGAGUAUACCAUUUGAUUACCUAUUAAUAUCAUGGGUGACGAAUUACGUUUAAUAGCAAUCGAGGAUUUUUGACUUGUUUAUCCUAGAUCGUAUCGAUCGAUCGUGAACUCCACUCUCUCAAACGUUUAGAGCUGAAAUUUGGCUUAAGUUUUCGGAAUUUUUCGACAACAUACCGCUAAGAAUCCUUCUUGAUGUGCUCUUUCGUGUGUUCAGGUUUUCUAAAGCGUCUUUUUAUGCCAUCUUCAUUCUGCAUUUCAUGACAUUUUCAAACUUCGUCGUCAUCUUGAAACGGAGACGUACGGUAGGUUGCCAUGGCAAUUUAGUAAUUUCACAUUAACGCUGAAAUUUCGCGCCAAAAUUAAGGAGUAAUUCGCCACCUAUGUAGAGAGUUUUAGAUUCGAGUUUACCGCGAACCUCUAACCACUGGAGGUCACGUGACAAGUCUUUCUCGUCACGUUUGAGGUUUACGACGUGCGUUUUCAACGUGGGGAGGUAGGUUUUCACGUAUGUCAUUUACCUGAAAGCUUUUAGCGUAUAAUUCUUGUCUUAUCCCACGUUAUGAUACAAAAAUCUUGUGGAGCAAGUCUUCAUCCAUUAACAGAGGCACAAAUUCGGACGAAAUGCUAAAUUUGAUAAAUCCUAUUGGAUCUUGAAAACAAGUGCCAUUCAUGGCUGCUGAUUCAAAAUGGCGGCCCUAAUCUAAUGCACCGCCAAUCUGAAUCGAAUUAUGUUUGAACGUCGAACCGCAAACGGGUAACCGCAAACUGCCGUUAGAGGUUCGCUGUAAACUCGGAUCUAAUUGCGCUCGUUUGAAAGUCUAACUUGUCAGAGUCGCACAUGUUACAGAAGUACUAACCCCGCACAUUUCAGUCAUGCUCUUUGAAUAAAGUCUUGAGUAAUGCAAAGUCAGUGUCCGACAGCCGAUAUUUCAAUGUUAUCUUUAGAAAGGAACUCAGUUUUAUCUGAGUUAACAUUUCAGUAUUUCGGACAUGAUUUUAAAACAUUGAAGUUUAAGAUCGCAGAAAACUCUAUACAGAUAAAUGUUUAUUCAGCCGUGCUACAAUUUGUUUUACCAAGAUUCAUAAGCAGUAAGAAGUUCUGAUCGUAUUAAACCUUAGAUGGGAAAACGAAAGCCGCUUAAACAUUACUUUCUUGAAGUUUCCGUUCUUAACGAACUUAGUGUAAACAUAAACUAGAAUCAGGAUAUUAGUAAUAUUCAGCACAAUAAACUAGAGCAAUAAGUGUUCUCAGCUGCUUUAACAUCCUUUAAUUUGCACGUGCUUGUUUUUAACUAGGAGGAUGUUAGUUGUCUAUUCUGCUGUGAAUGUAAUUUUAAGUUAAAAGACUUGCGAACAUAAUAUUUGAACAGUAUUAGCAUAUCCAAACCACAUAUAAGCGAGCUUGUACACGUACAAUUUGAAUUGCCUCUGCGAAUUACUUCGAACCAACAGAACUGAACUACUUCUGCACCUGUUAAGACAGAGCCAUGUUGAAUUACUUGAGUUGUCUACGAGUUAACUACGUGAGAAGAUUAAACACACUUGAAGAGUUCCAAUCCUACUGAAGUCCUUUCUGCUUUGCUCUACGGACGAGUUACUAACGACCCUGUACCUCUGGCGCGCAUUGUUUGUGACGUUGGCCACGCAGCUCAGCGAAGUGUUCUGCCGAGCUUUAGUCCCAUUCCGUCGCCCCGUCGAUUAUCCUUCUAUUUGUCCAGCGCAACGCCGCGCAUUUUAUGAGAGUUAAAGACGAAGAACACCCUAAAAACCUAAUGUCACAGUAGUCUCCGGGAAGCUCAAUGUUGACUUGACUAGAAACUCGAAGCAUACGAGAAAAACACAAUGCUACAUUGCAUUUCUUCCUUGAUAUGUAAACCAUAAGUUUGAAAAUCAAACCAUAGAAAGGCAUUGCUUUGCCAGUGAAAAUCAAACGUACAAAGGAACGGUGAUUCAUUCUUGGUGUUGAGUCUUUUUUAAGUCUCUUAAAGGUCAACAAAACCUACUUCUGAAAAUCUAAAACUGAAAACCCGAGUAGAAAACGUGCGAUUUUUGUCAUGGAGAACAUUUUUUUGCAGGAAAGUACAAUAUUCAAAGCACCAACCAAGUAAUAGGACUGUAACUUUACGCGAGUUUUCGAUUUCCCGCCAUCCGAUUUGAUGCAGCCCGCGCUACUAUCGUUGAGCGGAUUCAGCCAUGCGCGCGCAAAUUUCUCUCCUGUUAGCUUGAGUGUUUUGACUAUUUGAAAAGAAGUUAGGGCUAGGGAAAGGUGAUCUUGGAGGGAAAGACAGAUGGGAAAGAGAAAGAGGAAGGCCGAGAAGGUAAUGAGGAAGGGACAUACGGGAUGUUUCCUAUAUUUCCCUAACAGAAGUUAGAAAACUGGCAAUGGACAGAAACUGUUUCCGCUGUGCCGUCAAGGAUGCCACGUAAGUAGUUAAAGUAGUAGAUGUAGUAUAUAGCAAAGAAACUUGAUACAUUUUCAUUGCAUUGCGCAUUGUUUACAAGAGACAUGAGUUGUAAAAUAACAUAUCUAAAUAUUAUUAUUAUCUCGCAGUAAAAAACUUUGGGAUGCUGUACACAUUCCGUAGUCUUGAGCCAGUCAGUUUUUCAAAAGCUCCAAGGAAAUAGCCUGCGUUCAGCUUUUGCAUUACGAGUGAAUUAAAGUAUACACUGCAGAGUGCAGAUAUUUAGACUCUUUGACAAAUGAAACUCUUAGUAUCAAAAAAGUUGAACUCAAACGUUUUAAUUUGAAUAUCAGACCUUAAAACGUGUCUUUUGAUGUAACCUGUAAACCAUAGAAUCUCCAGAGUUUAGAUAGUACAGCAGUUUUUAGUUGUUAAAUAGGAAUUAUAACAAGCGUUAUAAGAUAAAACCGUUACAGUUUGAAAUUGGUAGCCACAAGAUUAAAGAAGAAGGUUCCUGUAUGCAGUAAUAUAAAGAAUAGUUAAUUUUACAGUUCAACGAAAGCUAUUUGGACUUAGGAUACUAAGUAAAUAUUUCAUGAAUUAUACAAACGGACGCACAGAAAACGAAUUCUCUAAUGUUGAUUUAGUCUACUAGCAACACUUUGUACGCCUUGCAAGGUGAUGAUGAUCCCAUGUGUACAGUAAAAAAAGGGCUGCCUUGAAUGGGACCUCGUAAGCGUAAGCUCAAUGUGUUAUCACCUCGCUUAGCACCUCAGGGACAUGGACUUGUGCACAAGUCGACUUUUUUGAACGACGAAGUCGCGGCCGAAAUGAUCGACGACCGAUGGCCGGUGACUCCAAAAAGCUGAUGUAGAACGUCCAGCAGGGACAGUGUAGACUGUCAUUCACAAAAUAUAACUUUUUCUCAUAAUGCGUCAGUUUUAAGCUCCACUACAGGAUCGCCUGUUUUUUACCGUACGCGAGAGCCUUUGCUCGUCUCGAGUUAUGAAAAUGAAAGACCCUUAUUACCUUCAUGGCUCAUUCUUUAUUACAAAUUAUGACUUUUUUACAUUUGGUACCGACUGCUUAUCACAUUUUUGACCUCAACGCAUGCACGCAAAUGAAAUCGGCUCCGAGACAAAGCACUACGUAAGUUAUUGUGGGGUAGGAGGCGGUAAGCGAAAUACUAAACAAAAGAAUUAGUGCGCAGCAAACAGCUGGGAAAAAAUUCCUUGAUAGACUUUCCAAAGUUUUCCACACAAAUCUUAGCAAUGCACACCAGAGAGCAGACGCUGGAGGGGAUGCUCAUGUGCUUAGAAUACAAUAGCCUCCUCCCUGGCUCCGCUCUGUUGAAAGGGGGUCUUCCCGCCCCUUAGUUCUUAUCAAUACCUGCAACCGCUUACCUUUCCAAUUCACAUGAAUGAAUGAGCCUGAAUUGGUGACAGAAAACAGACAAAUAAAUGCUUUGAACACAAUAUAUAGCAACGAAUCUUGACAUAUGCUCACUCCCCAGUAUCGCUACUUGAAAUACAAGAAAGUAUUAUUUUCAAAAGUAUCUUAUCUCAAUAUAAAUCCAUUACGCAGCCAUUUUCCUUAAAAGCGUUAACUACAUUCUGCGAAGGCAAUCGUGCCAUCUUUAAUAAACACUAAUAGUUUCAAAAAUAUUUUUCUAAAUAGGCUUAGUUUUAUACAAUUGUCAUUUCAUUGCAAAUCCUUAAGACACGUGCGUUGUAAAAUAUCAUGUAGUUUUUUGUCUUGUGAGUUAACAAAAGCAGUUAUUAUUUUCAUUAUUGUUAUGAUGAUGAUUGUGAUGAUGAAGCCGAUGAUGACGAUGAUGAUUAUUAUUAUUAUGAAAGAUAUCACUUGUGGUGGUGUAUGUUAGACUUUUACAAAGCGAUGUUUCGCUGCUGGUCUUCAUCAGGCGGUGAAAUGACUACUGGUAUCAUCGUGUUUGUACUGAUGCUGGAAAUUUUGUUGGGGAGGGGCUACGAAUGCUUACCGGUCGUUUCGUUACAAAGUCAGUUCGCUACAAGUGGUUUCGCUGCAUAUCGAAGUCGUUUAAUUUUGCAGCAGAGACUUUUAGUAUCGAUUUGCCAAAAACUUGGGUUUUAGCGAUGAUGUUAUAGAUGUUGUAGCUAAUUUUUUAUUUCAGUUAAUUUGUGUUUCUCCUUUGUUUUAAAUUCAUUAGCAUACAUUACUAUACCUAAAAACAACGGAAAAAUAAAAAUUAACUGAAACAAAGAAAUAACUACAGCAUACAUAUGGAUAAGGGAACACAAGCGAUGGGGGAAGCUGUAAGAAACCUCUCACUUGCGUUCCCCUCCCUAACAAAACUGCAAGCUACUCAGUUUACAGCGAUUGAUGCAUUACGAACGUCACUUAUAAGACGUCAACUUAAAUUUUUUUUUUUUUAACCAAGUUAUAAAGUCUAUUUACCCCUCUAGAAAGGUUGAGAAGUGGAUGUUUCGAGGGCUAGCCCUUCGUCAGAGCGAAUGGCUAAAUUUUGAAUUGAGCGAACCUCAGUUGUGAGGUCCGAAAUGCACCAGUCUGAGCUAACACGUUAGAUGUCACCAACGCCCGAUGAAACCCUUUCUGCGCGCAGUAAGCAAUGCCAUCAAAAUCAAAGCGACUGCUGUUGAUUAAUGAUGUAUUUCAUUUGAGAUAGGUCAGUUUGGAUAAUGUGAUAAAACAGCCAAAAGGACCACGCGCAUAGCAACUCUGAAGCCACAAUUAUACGAGAAAUAGUUGAUCUAACUUCUUCAUUUCUUUGCAAGAAACCACAUUUUCGAGACGCUGUUCGAUAGUCACCGGCCGCAAAACUGACAGCUUAGAAUAUUUCGUCUGAUCUAAACACCAGAAACAAAUGUUUUAGCCUACUGCUCGGAAUCUCUGAACAGAAAACGUCCAUAAAAGUGUCGUUGUACACCUUCCAUAAAUGAACGCGACACAUUUACAACAAAAGGGCUGCCGUGAAUGUGAGCACCACGUAAGCACACGUUCAACAUGUAAGAACCUGUCUCCGCAUCUUCAGGGACAGCGUAAGUAACCGAAAAUUUACCAUUCCCUUCCUCCUCUAUAACUCCUGUAGCCUGCUUGUUACCAAAUUUGUCUUCGAGCUCCACCAUAAAUAAGUCGCUACCCAGAGACCGCCGACGUUUUUGAGCGUCAUGAGCAUUGAUAGCAAAGGAGCUCUGCCUUCCCAAGAAUGCCAGAUCUAGCUCGAAAUAUGAGCAUCGGCGAGCAUCUGCACUGUUGGGUAUCAUUCGAAAUAUAAGGAAUUGUAUGGGAAAAAACCUAUCGUUUCUGUAACCUACGGAAAUGAAAGGAUUUCAAUAAGACAUAGCUUACCUUACAUAAAAUGUGUGUUACGUCUCUCCUGUGUGGUCCAAGGGCCGAUUUAUGGCCGUUUCAGUUAUAGGUUGAACUGUAAACGGUUUUCUCCCCCCCUUUUUUUUCAGGUUUUUUUUGUGGAGAGAAUAAAACCGACAGUCUGUAUCUCUUGCCGGAUCUCUAGCUAAUGAAGAGAUGCAAAUGCCAGACGUCACUUGAAGUGGCAAUCAAAACAAAACUGAAUACAGGGCUCUGUGUAAGGCUAAUUUUGUUAGCCGAAAUAUUGGCCUCAAAUAAAUCACCCCUUUGCCGUAUUGCCAGCCUUGCAUUCCUUUUUGUUCUCGACUAGGUUGUCAAAGGGGUACUGGUUCAGCAAACGGUACAGUAACACAUUCGUCACAAUCCAACUGAAUGACGCCAGUCGUAUAAUACUAUUCGAUUUCUUUGACGAUAUCCAGUCAGAUCGUUUCCAGCAAAUUAUACAGGUCAGCAACAGGUAAAAUUGUUCAAACAGUUCAGAACAAAGGGUCAGCAAUACGUACAAACGUGAAAACAGGUAAGCGAGACAGACAUUAGAUCUCGGAAAAAUUACUACUCUAAGCCCUAGUUAUUUUACGCGGCAUAUUUACCUAAUCAAACGUCAAUCACUGAUAGAAAUAUCAAAUCAAUUGAAAUUACCUAUUGUUCAUCUUAUCGACGAAAAAGGUACCAUUUGUCCACGAAAGGGGUACCUUUUCUGUGAAAAAUGGUAUAUAAAAGGGUGAAGGAGUUGGACCUUAGGGCGGACCCUUCCCGUUGAAAACUUUCUUGAGCAGCCCCUUUCGGGAGGAGGGGUCAUAAACACAACUACUAAGAAUGUGCAAAACGUCAUUUCCGCCUCCGUAAUCAUUCGUUCCCGCUACGGUGAAUUGAAAGGUCUUCAGUGAAGCCCAUCCUUUCAUAGCCGAUAACGUAGAAAUGUUAUCGAAAAGCGUUGAAAUAAGCCCAUAUACAACCUUCCGUAUUUUCAUUAUAAAAAAUGUAGCACAAAAGUUGGUUGCUUCUCGAGUAGUUCCAGUAGCCUGCGAAGCGUGCAGUUUUUUGGUGUGUUUUACGUCGUCUGGUGGUUCGUAAAGCAGAUACAGCAGGAUCCAGCAGCGCAAAAGUAACCUGAGAUUAGCCCCAAUUUUAGCAGUUUUCAUACGAAAAUAGAGCCUGAUCUCAGGUUACGCGGUCAACAAAACAGGAGGGGGCGAGGGAUGAAGGCAGAAAACCUUGGGUCUCGCGCCUGUAUAUCUCACUUUGCGAACUACAAACGAAAAAGACGCCAAACAACGGCCCGCAUUUUUAUUACAACGAAAAAUAUCGUAGCUAGAUUACAAAAGAGUGGCUAUUUUUAGAAAAUGCGAAGGGUGUUUUUGACAGGCAUAUACUUUAUUUAUACUCUAUUUAUUCAUUUAUCAGAUUACAGGGGAGAUACCCUACCACCAAAAAAAAAAAUUUCUGGUGGCAGAGCAGCCCAAAUAGAAAACCAUGGGGCUUAUUACAUUCAGGCUCAGAUUAACAAACAAUUCAAAGUUAUUUAAGUACAUAAAUGACAAGAAAAAGCUAAAUAUAGGUAACAUGCUUAAGACUGGGGUAUAAUUAUCAAUCAACAAUAUUGAAUUGAUUUUAGGGUAUGUUAUUAUUGAUUCUAAUCAAAAGUAUAUUCUGGACUUAUAAUUAGUUGAUCUUUUCAACUUAAAAUGAAUACUUUAUUUCAUCGCAUGAAUUCUUUUUAUUAACUAUGCAUUCACGAGUUCACCACAGGUUUUACUUUGAUUUAAGUUAUCACCGUUCUGCAGCCGCCUAUCCGGCUAAAUUCACAUGAGCUUUAAAUUGACGACUGCAUAAAAAUUCUUGGAUAAAUGCUUUAAAUUAAACACAAUAUAUAGCAACAAAUCUUCAUAUGUGCUCACUCCCCAGUAUCGCUACUUAAAAUACAAGAAAUAUUAUUUUCCAAAGUAUCUUAUACAAUAUACCCUGGGUACCAGAGGUUUUUCACGCGUGCGGCGGGAGUUUUCGGUGUUGGCCGAAGGCCGACACAUCUUCGGCCGUAGGCCGAAGCCGCAAGACUGAACCUCCGACACGGAGCGGUGCUUUUUACCGUCCCCGUUGACCUUUGAACUUUUUUAUCGGAUUACAUUUACGCCAAUCAGAUUGAAAGUGUCCGACUGUGAUCAUGUGGGCCGGCACGUGAAGAAAUGUCCAAAGACCCACAUUAUCCUUAGAAAGACAAGUUCGAGUUUAAAAUUCAUUGCUUUAAAAGCAAUCGUGACUGGGUCAAAUCGAAGUUCUCCAUAACUGAUGUAGCUUCAGUUUAAGCUGCAAUCCAUUCUUCGAGGUUUGGAUCUGAAAAUCACCAUCCGUGAGAAUUUAACAUCCUGCUAAAAACGCUGACGAGCUGGGCCCAGCGUAACAAAACAUUGCAGGAAACCGUCACUCCCACGGACAAAAAGAAAAUCGCUUGUAAUAUUCAGAUCCAGGAGGCACUUUGGAGAAAUUAAACAACCUAAAACCCUCAUUUAGCCGCAUUGAAGAGCUUAACAUUUCAAAAGAGGUCAAAGAAAAUGCUCUUGCAUCAGAGGGCAAAUCAUAUGCCGACCAGACACAAUAACCGCAGAAAAUCAAUAUGCGUGUCACGACCUCUCAGUAUGAAACAAUCAGCAAAAAUCAAAUUUGCUUAGCCUGCGUAGCAGGUGUCGAAAGGGGUAGGGGUGCUUUUCUCCCUCCCCCUCUCCCUCCCGUUUUUGCGCCUGCCACGCAGGCUAAAUUUGCUCAGUUGAAACGUUUUUCUCCAGAGCAUAAUCUACCCAUCACGGAAAAAAAUUCAUCGGAACAAGCAGCAUUUUGGCAUGAGGUAAAAGUCGUGUGUUGCCUCCUGACCCCUCUUUUAUACUAAGAAUACAUGUUUUGUUUUUAUAUUCCUAAUCCAUCAAUACAAGCUAUUUCAAAACAUGUUGUAAUCGUUUGAAAUAGGAAAUUAGUAAAGCUUAAACCGUAUCGCAGCAAAAGCUGAAUUGGUGAUAAUAGCUUAAUUGAGUUGAAUAAAAUUAAAUACUCCACUUGUUUGCUCAUAGCUUUUAACUUGUCUACACCGUCAAACCCUUCCAGUUUAUUGCUUAUCAUGCUCUUUCAAAACUUUCCAAAGCUGCCAUCACAACACUCCUCGCGAGUACAACAACAGCAAAGUUGGAAAUAUUCUUUCACGUGCUGGUCUAUUCUUGUCAACCAAUUGUAGCGUCUGUUAGAUUCAAAGUCCCUCAGGCGGUCGUUAGGAGCCAAUCAGCCGUCUUGUCCAAAAUCUGGACCAACUGAUUUAACCGUGCUAACGAUUGGAUCGGCGCUCUGCUCCAGAGGCUUUUCGCGCGGGCCACUAUAAAGACUUGACAGAAACCGGAAACCGCGCUAGAAAAGUCUCUGGCACCCAGGGUAUAUACAAUAUAAAUCCAUUAGGAAGCUAUCUACAUUAAGCUAAGAGCGUUAAUUACAGUUUGCGAAGGUAAUCGUGCGGUCUUUAAUAACUACAGGACUACAUGGGCUAAUGAUGAACACUAAUGGUUUCAAAAUAUUUUUUCUAAACAUGCUUAGUUUUAUACAAUUUUCUUGCAUUGCGCAUCUUAAGACACGUCACUGACACGUGAUUUGAAAAAUAACACGUAGUUUUUAUCUUGUGACUUACUUAAAAGAAUUAUUAUUAUCAUUAGUAUUAUGUAUUAUGAUGAUGAUGAUGAUGACGAUGAUGAUUAUUAUUAUUAUGAAAGAUAUUAUAUGGUGAUCAGUAUGUUAGACUUUUACAAAGUCCUUCGAAGGUCCGCGGUUUUGUGCCGCUUCCCAUCCUCACUGAAGCUGGCUUUACUCGCCUUAGGGUUUCUGACAAAGUUUCCCGGGGUUACCAAUAAAAAAGAGGUCCACUUGGUGCAAGUCUAGCUACGCAGCUGUGUGCAUGAUAGGCCGGUUUAGUUUUCGUCAUUUGUUGCGACGUUUCGACUGCUGGUCUUCAUCAGGCGAUGAACGGACUAUUGGUAGACAAGAAAACCUCGCUUAAAAUUUGGGUUAAUCCUGGGUGAAACUUAACCAUCUUUCGAGGAAACAGGACCUGGAUUAGCACUAACCGGCAUUUCAGGAACCAGGCCUGUAUUUUGCGAUUAUCCUACUUUUCUACCAGAAGGUCUUCGUGCAGCGAAGGUCGGUUGGAAGGUCUCCAGCCUUCCCUUUUUUCAUAGUGUUCAGUACUCGAUGGAAAGAAAGUCGACUAAACGGCGUUUAAACCGGCCGUAGGACACAGAGUGGCUAUGAACUAAAGGUAUUAGGGAGCUUUAUGAAUCAAUAUUGCGCGUGAUCAUGAUUUUUUUUUCUCUUAGCGUCGUAGAUUCGAAUACAUGUGAUAAAAUUCGAACAAUAAGGGCCGUAAUCACAUGUAUUAAGCAAGAAAUAUCGACCUUCGUUAUCUUAAAGGCUACUAGUACAGAUAGACAAACAAGAAGACUUCAUAUCUUUAAAAGUUGUGCAUUUAUUGGCGUCAGAUAAUACACUAAUAGUUCUAGUAUAUUCCGACCAAAUGACCUCUGAAGCCCGGACCCACACAUAGUGCUCUUGGGCUGCCUGUGUUUACAACGGCAGCUACAAAUAAAUUAUAAAAUUUAACCUAUCGAUGCGACAAACAAUCCUCCGAAGCACAAUCUAUCCGGUAUUGACUCAAGUAAUCUUCAAGGAAAUUUCCUUGCCAGAAUACUGACCCCUUCUUUUGACAAAAUAAAGUUUUGUGAUAUUUCUUUUUCCAAUUUUGAGCAGGCUUGUUUAACGUUGUGCAGCUUGCAUGCUGCAUUACUAUUAUAUGAAACAGUAGGUCUAUUUGGCUUAAGCGUAACAUGAAAGAAUAACCCAUGCUGCGUGGCACCUUUCAGACCUUUGUUUGGGUUACUAUCUCACUGAACCACACGGCAUUAUUCACCGCUCCUUGUUCUGCUUAAAAUAAUUAUAGUCAAAUUCCUUUUAAAAAUAACCACUUUGAAAAUACAAAGUGAUUGCUUCGGCAUAAAGCGCUCUUGAAAGCACCCAACAGAUUGCAGCCCUCAUCCGGCUUUACACAUAUAUUAUCACACAUGGCGUUGAGAUGUGAUAAAAGAUACAAAAUUUCAGCCAUCUUUGGUCGAUAAAAAAAGUCUUCAAAAUGUGGAUACUUCUGGGUACUUCUUAGCCUGUACAAUAUUCAGGACUUCAGUUUGCUGGCGUGAGGUCCACAUGUGGAAGACUUCAUCAUAUAAUCCAAAAAAUCGUGAAAAUUCAUGACCUUGUUGUGGGUCACUCACUUUGUGAUGCGAAGAAUAAGUGCAACAAUGAUUUUAAAUGUUUCUAUGCGGAAACUUCGCCCUUGAGCCAUUGCAAACCGGAGAAACCAUGUCAAAUAACAAAAUAACACAAUUUUCUUACUUUUACUGGAACACAGAGAAAAAAGCCGGCGAGAAAACGACCUUAUUUCACGACGAAAUCUGCCAUGACUGCCAUAUUGCGUGAUGCUUCUGGAAAAAUGCAUCAUGGGAUACUAUUCGAUCGUCGCCUGUUCUAACACUGUACAAUCAGCGAAUCGGACACAGGGUCCAGAGGAGAUGUGUUCGUCGUUAGAACAUCAAAACCCGUCGAAAACCUCUGAAAAAAUGGGUUAUUUUGAUCGCGUUAAGGUUUCGUUACACAUUCUAUAGACCGCAAACCAAGAGACUGAGGGCUCGUAAGCGACGGCCUUCGGUCACCCUUCGGGCGACGUGCCGUGAGCCAGCGAGGAUAUGGCUUGCGGAUUGAUUUUCAAAAGGCGAUCUGGGUCAGAUAAGAAGCGAAGAAAUCGUUUACAGCAGUAGAUUUAUAAAGAUCCCAUUGGGCUAAUUAAUCGUGCUAAGCGACAGGUAUAGACAUUUUUCAAGGUAAGUAAUUCAUUUAUUCACACGAAACUCCUCUGGACCCUGUGAAUCGGACCAUAAAGUGAGACACGAAAAUUUGGUUUUAUCAACUGAGGUUAAUAGACUUAAUAUAAAGUCUAUUUACUCUUCUAAAAAGGUUAAAAAGCGGAUGUUUCGAUGGCUAGCCCUUACUUCAGAGCGGAUGACUGAAUUUCAAAUUGAGUGAACCUCAUGAGUAAGGUCCGAAAUGCACUAAUCUCUUAACUUCAUGUCGGGAUGGGGUCGGGAUCAUUUCGGGGGCCGUACAGAUUUUCACAGCCAGUAGAAAUUAACAUCUUUCAGCUGUUUAAUGGCUAACACGCGACCUGCGUUGUCAAAAACGUUUCCGGAUUUUGGGUUUUUCCUCUACUUCAAUUAAACCGUUACCAUAGCACCCAAUCCUAGUCAAAUAAAUGCGGCAAUAACGAGCAAAGCUGCAAAAUUAAAUGUUGGCGGGAAUGUACCGGUUCGUUUUCACCCUCCCAUAUCUCUGUUUCUUCUGUAUUUAGAGGCUCUAUUAGACUACGAGUAGUCCCCAUUUUUCCUCAGGGAUAGUAGAGCGAGCGAAAUGCGAGCGCGGGUGAAAAUCACCCCACACGAAAAAAGGCGACACGUUAUGGCUCUACAGGAACAAUUUAACUUUGGGAAUCUAAACUUGCCAUGUUUCAGUAAGAAGGUAAAAAAACUUGAGAGCAAGAACGUGAAAACACGUGAACUCUGAAGAUCAAAACCAACGAACACAGAUGAAAACACAGAAAAGGGAUUGAAAUCCACCGAUCACAAAUCGCAAACCAUGACAUUUUGAACUGUUGAAGUAAACUACUGUUUCCUAAGUGGUCUGCUAGAAAGCGCCGAGCCUUCAAAUUGUGAUCGACGUCGCAGAAAAACCGAAAAUCCAAAGACGUUUUUGACAUCACGGGUAGCGUGUUAUCCAGCUGUAAAGCGUUUUAUCUGAACGUCAGAGACAAUUGUUUCAGAACUAUUGUUCUAAUUCUCUGGCAAGUACUCGGGCAGGACUAGUCAGUCAGGGGCACCCAACGUCAAUUUUUGGAAAAUAUCUGUUUGGAAGACGAUUUGAGAUCUAGAAUUUUCUAGAAUUUUCUUGCUUGCCUGCCGCUCCUAGGAUUUUCGAACAUCUAAAAAAUGCUACAAUUGCCCAUUUUUAACGGAUUUUUACCCUAAAAAGGUCACCUAGAAUUUUCGGGAGCCUUUUUUUCUGGCUUCAAUUUUCGAAAAGGUAACUUUUGAUCCCCAUAAUUUUCGGAUCAAUAGACUUUCAGCUAGGAUUUCCGAACAGAUGAAAAAUUUUUAGGGGAUAAGAAUAUUCCUAUAUCUACCAUUAAAUACUAAAAUACGCUUAACAAAGCUAUGUUUAAGUGUUUUCUUACUAUAUUAUCUUUGGGCGCCCCUGAGUCAGUAUACGUCCAAGACCUUCCAUAAAGGAACGCGACACAUUUACAAUAAAAGGACUGCCUUGAAUGUGAGCACCACGUAAGCAGACGUUCAACAUGUAAUAGCCUGUCUCCGCAUCUUCAGGGAUAGUGUAAGUAACUGAAUAUUUACCAUCGCCUUCCUCCUCUAUAACUCCAUUUGCCUGCUUGUUACAAAAUUCGUCUUUGAGCUCCACCAUAAACAAGUCGCUGCCCAGAGACCGCUGACGUUUCUGAGCGUCAUAUGCAAAGAUAGCAAAGGAGCUCUCUGCUCCCAAGAAUGCCAGACGUAGUCCUACGCCACUAGCAAAUGUAUUUUCUGCACAGGCCGUGAAGUCUUCAAUGACGCUAACUUCAUCCUUGAGCGCGUCCAGCAGCUCUUGCAAUUUCGUGCGAUCAAAGAUAAGCUUUGGUUCAAAGUUGACCUCUGGCUUAAGCAGCGUUGGUUGAUUUUCUAUGUCCCUGAUCGUCGAUUCAAUAGUUGUCCAGGCAAGCAGAUGCUCAGCGUUACCAGAUUGGAUGCUGGAUAAAACACUCUCGAAUGAACUCUCCAUUCUUUCUUGAAAUCUUCGCAGGCGGUCUUGCAGCUCUGUGAGGGUAGCUGUCUUGUUAUUGUACUGCUCUUCCAACUCAUUCUUCAGAGUUUCCUCUUUGGCGGUGAUUGCGGCAUGAAUCUAUAAAGCAUAACAUACAUGACGUCUAAGAAAUUAUCUAAACAAAUGGAUCAAGAGAGCCAGACCAGAAGUCUGUCACUGAAUUCUGAUCGCUUUCUUGGUAUUGUUGAAUUUGUAAAGUCAUUAUUUGUUGUGGGAUCUAAAGAAAAAAUAAUUGAUAUACAACAACAUUUAUUGGCAUUUCCAUGAGUAGAUGGAAUUGCCGAUUACAAUAUUGAUCAUGUUAAGGUAAAGGAAAACAAAAGAAGAGAGCAAAAUGCUGGCAGAUGUCCAUGUACAAGAAACAAGUAAAUCAGUUAUGAAAACGUUUACCACACACUUUGACGAGUUUUGACAUUGGUACACACCUUAUAGCUAGUCACUCAUGAUCUGGUUUUGUUCAUUUGUAGUUCCCGCUCUUACGCAGUAAAUUGCUGUACAAAACCUCGAUUUAACGUAAUGUAUAUAACUAAGUCCUCGGCAAGCUUCGGUAUGAGAAACGAUAUUCUUCACUCGAGUAACAAUAAAAUAUAUGAAAAGAGCCUCGAUACGCCGUAUAACAUUAUUGUAAACAGCAUUUUGCCAGUCCCUUGGCUUAUAUAGUCGAGGUCCCUCUGUAGUCGAAAUCACAUUCCUUAAAUCUAAAUUAAACGGUAUAAAUAUAUGCUUAUUGAGUAGGUCUGGCUUGUCAGGGACUAGCUUACCUACGUAUACAGAGCUGCCACCACAGGGAACCCGAACGCUGCAUUAGCUAAUAAAAUAAUCAGUUGCUAUUUACCUGUGGUUCCUUAGUCGUUUUGAACGUAGCCUGUUCCAGGCUCUCAGAUAGUGGGGAAGACGCGAAAGUAAAAGGCACGUGAAAAGUUGACGGGGCAGGAAAAAGGAAAAGGAAGGGAGAGAGAGCCUGAAAUCAGUUCUUUUAUUAAAGACCCUAUUCCCCCAAUUUUGGCACGUUUGAGAUAAUUAUCUUUGUUCAACACAGAAGCUAUCGUGGAUCCCUCUAUUUCACGUGCCUGGACGCCGCACGCCAUCUUUCUGAGUGAUAGGAACGACCCGCUUUGAGAGUGUUGAUAUAAUCUGUCAAAUCUGACCAAUCAGAGGCUAUACCAGGAGCUGGUAUACCGCAAUAGGUUGCUUAAAGAAAUGAUUACAGGCUCCGCCGCCCCCGCUCUCCUCAGUUUCUUCCGUUGUAUUUUCUAAUUCGGGCUUUCUCAAUUCAGCGGACCAUCUCGGAACAGGCUAUUUUGAAAGGGGUUUGAAUCUAAUUAGAGACGCUUAACAUUGCUAGUAUCAAAUGCUUGCUUGUCUGGCGCGUCGUAAAUAGGAUGCGGCAAUUACUAAAACAAUUAUUCCUCUCGCCCUCAUGGCCUCUGAGUCAAUACCCGAUUUGGCCUUCGGCCUCAUGGGCUAUUGACUGAGAGCCCAUUCGGGCUCGAGGAAUAAUUGUUAAAUAUUACGCUUGAAUACAAAGGCUUAAAUAGCAUUCGCGCGCACGCGGGUAUUAUUUAUCUCUCACUUUCAACAGUCAGCGAUCUGACCAAUCAGAUCAUGAUACCAGAAUCUGGUAUCAUGGAUGGGCGGCAUCAAAGGAAAGUCUAAGACUCUCCCUCCUUUUUUCUCCCCCAGGCCACCCUCGCCUAGCUUCCCUCACCGAUUUCCUUUUUCGCCUCGCUCCUUUUGCGGGCCUGCUCGCAGGCUACCGGGAAAACGAAAAAAUAACACUAAAGGUAAAUACGGAGCCAUUGACCCUUCAUUUUCUAUGAAAUAAUAGUGAAAAUCAUAUAUAGGAACUGAGGCAAGAAGAAUUAAAUGAAAGAAGAUCGUCGCAGUUACGUUGGCACGCAACUUCUGCGGUUGCAAAAAAAGCCUUAAAGAAUUCAGGUUUUCUUUCUUUUUUUCCAUUCGCAGCUGACAAACUAAUGACUAUAACUGCAAUGAUCUUCUUUGAUUUAAUCCUUUAUUUUCUGUUAAUAACGAAGCAAAUGUUUAGGUGGGCAGGGUCUCCGUGUAACAAAGGGAAACUUACCUCGGUGAAUAACCUAUGAAUUUGGGUACUUUGUUCUUCAUACGCGAUUUUUAUGUCAAGACUUGCUUGCUUCAGUUGAGCAUCUGCAUUUUUAAUCUCCUCGGAACGAGCGUCAACUUCAGUGACAAGUUCCCUCACCUUUGGACGGCACUUUGAAGCUGCCUCUGUUAAGGAUGAACAAUUGUGACCUUUGUGAUCAAGCUUUAUGCAUUCUCUACAAACCAAAUGACGGCAAUCUUCGUCAAAUAAAAGGAAUCGCUCUUUAUGUUCUUGGCAGAAAACGGUCACAAGCGACGACUCCAAGGAGACAACUUUGUGAUCACGACUUGCUUUGCUGCGAGUGUGAAUGCCAGCUGCAACCUUACACAUAUCCUCUUGGCAAUUCAGGCAGAAAGAAGUCGCAGGAUGCUCAACAUCACAAGAUUCACAAGUGUACAAGCAUUCAACGGCUUCUUCGUGCUGGGGUGUGACAUUUGCAUUAGUAAUGUUCAACAACGCAAAGUUCUUUGGUAGCCCUGCUACUCCAGCUCGAGGCACGUUAACUUCAUCUCUGCAUGUCGGGCAGAGAAUUUUGUUAUCUGCAGCCUGAGCAAGUAAGCGCUCCAGGCAGCCGGUACAAAAGCUAUGACCACAACUCAGAAUACGAGGGCAAAUAUUUUGAUCAUCAUAUAGCUAGCAACAGACUGGACACUCAAGUCCUUCUGCAGACGCCAUCGCCUGAAAUAAAACAGAAAACAUGUUGGCACUAAACCUCUGCACAGUCAGGCUAACGAAGUAAUCCUGAGGACAAAAAUCAUGGGUUUUUUUGGAACUGCGGCAGUAUUAGCUAAGGCGGUGGAGUGCGAUGUGCUGCACAGUGGCAGGUCGCGCGUUCGAUCCCGGUGCCGGACCAGGCUUUAACAUUUCUGAGAACUGGAGGUACUGCCUUUGCCCUGCAAACGGCCAGACCUUCGCAUGCCCCGGAUAACCACUUAGAAAUCGCGGUCCUGUCUCCAGUGGGAAACGUAAAAACAGUGUCCUCACUCAGUACUUUUGUCCAAAAUACAUUCACACUUUCCAUUCGAUUCCCUUUCGAACGCCCGCCAGACAGGUUAAAGAAACAUCAGACUAAAGAGUGUGUGUCACAUGAUUCAGAGAACUAUCUAGACUGCAAAACAAUCCGUAUUUUUGCGUGAUUAAGUACGCGCAAGCAGUCAACAAAAGGUCUGGAACGAGGCUGAAAACAGAGAGGGAGACUAGGGAGAGACGCUUGUUUUUCUCUCGCCUCACAGGCCCGUAGGGCGUGUGAGGCUCGCGCGCCUCGCGCACGUAGGACUCUUACGCCACGCUUUACCGAUUUCUUUACUGAUUUUGAGAAAAAUACCGACUGUUUUACAGUCUAAGAACUACCAUAAAACUGAGUGAAACAUAAAAAUAACUACUCAAAACAUUAACCAACAGUUUUUCAAAGUUCAUUUAUGUUGUUUGUAACAUUUGAUGUACUGCUUGGAAUACAUAUCUGUUUGAACCUGAAAUUUGGUCAUUUACGAGUAAUUUCUCAAGUUCCACAGCGAAAAAGGAAUCGAUCUCCACAAUUCUUCAGAUGAUGCGAAAGCUGAAUUCAAUAAUUGUCAAUUAUUAACGAAAUGAACUAGCCAGCCUUGAAAAAAAGCCUUUAAUAAAGCAGGGAAAAUUCAGACGGUCGGAGUUGUGUUAUUCAACUGUUUCAACUGUUAAUUAAUUAUUGCAAACUUUACAGCAACCAAUAUCCACUCCCCGCUGUUAGCUAAUCGAGGCGAGCAGUGGUUACACGCGUGUUAUAUAAAUAUUUACAAACAGCUCACAAGCAAGACUAGAGAAAAGGAGCAAAAAAAGUUAAAUAAAUAAAUAAAAAUAAAUUCAAUUCAAUUAAGUUUACAGUCAUGUACAUUGCAAAUAUAUAAGAAGCCAAGUUUUCACUUCUUUUUUGAUAAAAAUAAUAUUAUUUAGAUGUGACUUGUUAGACGUUUUUGACAGAGGCCGCAAACGACCCAUUCACUCAACCAAGACUACACUAAGAAAGGCGGUAUUGUUUUGGCACUCGUGCAUGCAUAAAGAAUAGUCUGAUCAACACUAACAGUAUCCUGCAGUGUAAUCACUAAUAUGGAAAUUUGUCCGCACCAAGAAUUGCAAUAAAAUGGACUUAUAAAUAUGUCGUAGAUCUUGGCCGGGUAUAUAAGAAGUAAGCAAACCAAGGGUAACUCAAUUGUUCCCAUGAUUCGUGUAUUAUCUAGCUAGACACCCAGUCUUAUCAUCAUUUCGUCGGAGAACUUUAAUUGCGUGUAGCCAACUGUGUAGCUCUUUUUUUACAUAAUUUUAUCACCUCAUUGAUUCUGGGGUUUUGCCCUUCUAUGGAGUUUUGGUUUCGCGUCGUUGUGACCUGAAGUGUAACAUUAUGUGAUUUCUACAAAUAAAAACGUUGUCAUAGAAAAGGCAUCUUAAUUCUGGGUUAAAACGUCUUAAGAUUCCAGUCAGUCAAAAUAGAAAAACUGCGUACGUUUAUUUCAGUGAUUUCACUAUCAAAGGCUGCUUCAAAAUAACAUGGUGAAUUCACAGUCGGUGUUUACUAGAUCAGUAAUCACAAUCAUGACAAGUUGUUUGCUGUAAAUGUAAAUGAUUGUAAUGAGAAAUUCAAACUCCCCUAAAACUUUAUUAAACAUAUUAAAGAAAAAUGUUUUAUGAGUUCCUUAAAAUGAAUAUGACUGCUCAAAAUCAAAUUAAAAAAGACUCAAGCGCGGAUUUAGGUCAAUCUGAGUAAAUUGAACGCUUGACUGUGCAGACGGCUGACCAUAUCUAGAUUUCCGAAUAAUACUCUACCAUAUGAUGGGAAAGGCUAAGGUUCAUAUAUCCUCCAAGACACCGUGGUAAUUUAGCAACUAAAUUUCAUACUUUAUCGCCAAACCCAUUUUCACUGCUAAGAUUUAUGAAGAGUGUAAGGAAGAGCAAAGGCCCGUGCAAAAGGACGCAACAUUGUUGGAUGUUACAUGUUGCGUCCGUUUGCACAGCCUGUUGCAUGUUGUUGCGUGUUGUUGGGAGUAGUUGAGCAAAGUUUGAAACCGGUCAAACAUUUAGCUCAAUGCAAACGGACGCAAUGAUGUUGGGAGUUGUUGAGUCCGUUGCACGUGGCUCAGUCAAUGAGCCUAUAUUCCACCUUCCAUUUGUCACGCUAAAGAGCAAUGUUCAAUAACUAAAAAGGUUUCAUUUCACGUUCUUGUCUUAUAUAUAUUAGAUCAAGUUUAGGUGAGAACUGCAUGUCAUGUCCUGGAAAGCGAAGGGUGAAAGUCAGAUGUAAAUAUUCGAUGGCACUGAGGAUUUUAAGAUUUAGAGUGUAACAGUCCAAAAAUGAACGUAGCUAUUGUUGUGCGAGUUAUCAGUAGAUUUUAUUUGCAAGAAACAAGCCCUACAUACCUUAAGUAAGGGAGAAAAAAGCCCCGUGUAAACUAACGCAAGUCGGCAAACAACUCCCAACAUUGUUGGAUGUUACAUGCUGCGUCCGUUUGCACACUCUGUUGCAUGUUGUUGUUCCGUGUUGUUGGGAGUUGUUGCGCAACGUUUGAAACCGGUCAAAACGUUUAGCUACGUUCAAACGGAAGCAACAUUGUUGACCAACAACUCCCAACAUUGAGAGGAGUUGUUGCGUCCGUUUACACGUAGCUUAUGGUGCCUCAAGAGAAGAACUUAAAUCAUUAUGCUUCGUGAAACAACACUUCCUAUUGUAACUACCAACACCAGUUGCACUUUUUAGUCAGCAAAGAUGAAUUUAUAUGCUCACAAACGCACCUGAGAAGUGGCGUAAAGCUUACCUUUGAAUGAUAAAAAAAAUAAGGGUAAGAUUUGUGCAUAGCCCCAUGCAUUUGUUCUGCAUACUGUGUCGACUCUACUCAUAUAAACUGUUUGGACGAAAUAGCAUAGGACGAUUCACGACAAUGUCUUCGUAAUUAACUGACUCUCUCUGGGAUUAAAAGAAUUAUGUUUCCAAAUAUUAUCGAGCUGAGCGAUGGCAGAAUUUCAAAUUUGACUAUUCUGUUGCCUCAAAAAAAAAAAUUUUGACAUAUUCUUAUCAAACAAGUUGCACUUACCUUAAGUGAGGCAAACAACUUAAUGAAGCGUAAGAACCUAUUUGACCACGAUCUCUCCACCGACAGCACUACUGCCUUAAGGCUCAUCUCCGGUGUAAUAUAAUUCAGUUACUCACACUGGAAUGACGUAAAACAAAGAAAACAAAAUAUAGUUCCAGUCAUUAAGAAGGGGUCAUCCCCGGUGUAGUAUAAUAUAUUCGUUUUCUUUGUUUUACGGACUAUUUUCAGGGUUUAAGGUUCAUUGCUAAGGAUGUCAGUCGUGGAACAAACAUCUUUCACUUCCUCUAAGGGGAGAGUGGGGAAUACAUGAUGCUUUUGAAUAUGAGAUGUGUUUUGAGACGCUCUGCAAAAGCCUUACUUGAGGUUUUAUUGUUAGUUAAGUAAUAGCAGAUACACGGAGCUCACACUGGCAAGUACACUAAGAAAAUCUAAUCUAUGUAACAAAGCCUUCAAAAAUUUAAAGUUUCACCCCAUAGGGUAUACUUAGGUAUAAUUAAGUACCUUCGUUCCCAGGCCAGCACGGAGUUUUCGGUGGUUUUCAGCCUGCUGCCUUGUAUAAAGGUGGUGCAGUCUGCCAACAUGACCUCAACGCAAAUACCUCUUCGAAAUCUUCUUUAUAUUAGCUAUAGGGGAAGCCGGCAGAGUCUCAAACUAGUGAAUAUUGUCAGUGUGUCCUCAGCAGCUUGCGGCUAUGAUAUCAUCACAAAUAUUAAUGAAAGCAUGCCCAGAUAAAGCGAUUGUGCAAUAUGAGCCUAGUACGUAAUAAACUCAAGAGUUUAAAUCGGCGUAUGUUAAAGCCUUCUAGUAAAAAGUAAUCUGGGGGGUACUCCCUUACAUAAGCCACAUAGGUAUGUGCUACUCCAAAGGGUAUGGUUUUUGAACCGUUUUUAGCUGAAAACAGGUAUAGAGCUGGUUUUGCUCAUUUUGGUCUGGAAUCGGCUAGGGUGUUCGAGGGAACUACGGGAGGGCAUGAAUGUAUUCGUCGUUUCAAUUCCAAAUGAAUAAGAAAGAGUACUAUGCGAAAUAAAAAUGGAUUUAAGGGAAUCUUCUUGUUGGCGCCUCCCUAAUCUCAGCCUGAUGACACAAUUUCUGUCUAUAUAAUAAUGUAUAUUGCGUUUGUGACCCCCUCCAUGUCUGAAAACGGGUAUUGGUUUUAGUGGCAAGUUCUGAAAACUGGUGUGGAAGAUGACUUUCUUUUGGUCUGAAACAGGGCCAGGAUUUGGAGAACCGUACGGCGCAUCCCAGAAAAGCAUUCAACUCAUUUCUUAUAAUUACGUCAAUUCUUUACCAAAUAUGAGAUUGUAUAAAACAGGUUUUGGAACAAAUGAUUUUAUGUACUUUCUGCUAAGAUCAGCCAGAAUCAUUAACCCAUUUAAAUUGUUCUAUCACUGCUCACGAUCUAAACAUGCAGUUUUGGAUUGAAUUUGAAAUAUUGGUGACUUACUAGUUUCGAAUCAAUGAAUUCGUCUUUCCUCAGAAAAUUUGCUGUGUGUAAUUUUAAUGGAGACUACUUACCUUUUACUGCAAUUGCUCAACUAUUCUAUAAUUAAUAUUAUUGGAACUGAAAGCUUUUUUAGUGGGACUGCAGGAGCAAACAACCCUUUCAAACAUUUAUGGAUUUAGGGCGAAAAUCCUCCCUUAAUAUAUGAAACAAAGAUAAUGAUCAGCAACAAAGACGUCUUUAAAAGAAAGCGAUUUUUAAUAUUUUUACACUAGUUAAACUGAAGUUUAUAAUUGAAAUUUGAGCCCUAGAAGGGUGCUUGGUAGUUUCUUUUAGAACUGUAAUAAUUUAACGAUUAAUUUAAUCUUAGUGUAUUUUAUAGUUUGUUAGUAAAUAUUUAUUGCAAUGCUUUGUAUUAUUGCAGUUAUGGUUAAUGUCGAUAAAUAGAUAAAUAAAUAAAUAAAUAAAAAAUAAUUCCUUUCAAUGGUUCCGAACGUCUUCCCCCAAAAGGACCUCCGUAAUUCUACCUAUUAAAGCCGGCUUCUGCUUCCGCAAGUAAUAAGGAUUUUUAGACCUCCAGUUACUACCAUUAAAGUUUACAUUUACUUGAAAUAAAGACAGCAUUAUUUUUAAGGCCGAAAUUUGAACAUGGCUGCCUUCAUUGAACACUGCUCCCUUCAAAUACUAGAAGUGCCUCCCUUCGCAUUAGCGCCCCGCUCUUGACUCAGAAAUUUAAAUAAGCAACCCGAAUGCUUAUUCAAGCAUUCACCAAGCCGACUUCUAAAAUCACAGGAGCUUCAAUUAGGGAAUGCACAAAAAUACUUAAAUAGAUGCUUUAAACAUUCUCGACCCCAGUGCCUAAACAUAAACAUAUAGAAAGGAAACUUAAUCGUAUGUUCACUACCGGAGUAGCUCAAUGUCAUUCCUGAUAAAAGGAGAGGCCGAGAUUUUCCACAACAUUCUCACAAGCUGGGCAAAGUCCCUUAUAUAAAUCUAUAGCUUAAAAUUAUACCCACAAAAAUUACUCUAUUAACUUUAAUCAUGAACGUAUUUUAAGUUGCGUAAAGUGCUUUAUGCCUAAACUGUAUGUACUUAAAUAUUGACUAAGUGGGAGGGCCGGACGGGAAUAUAUUUGGCUCGAGACCUGGGCGUCUUGGAAGAAAACCAAAUACUUUCCCGUCCGGCCCAACCUAACUCAGACAAAAAGUUUUAUCACAUUUUUAUCACAUUUUUUUCACGCAUUUUUUCCCUUUUUUCCGCCCUAUAACUUGAUGCCCACGGCCCUCAUACGGAACUUUUUUCCAUUUGGUUUUCCAAUUUUCGUCUCAUUCUUAAGAAACGCUCUUGAAAGUGGGACGCUAACAGUAUUUACACAGAGCCCAGCCUCGUACGUUUGUAAAUCCCGUUCUUUGAAGUGAAUUUCUGUAGCCUAAAUUGCAGUCCUAAAACUGAAAUUAAACGAAUAAUUACCCUCAUUUGAAAGUCUAACUUGUCAGAGUCGCACGGGCUACAGAAGUACUAACCCCGGACAUUUCAUCAUGCUCUUUGACUAAAGUUUUGAACAAUGCUCAGAAGUCCCCGGGAAGCUCAAUGUUGACUUGACUAGAAACUCGAAGCAUACAAGAAAAAAAACAAUCCUACAUUGGAUUUCUUCUUCGAUAAGUAUACCAUAAGUUUGAAAAUCAAACCAUAGAAAGGCAUUGCUUUGCCAGUGAAAAUCAAACGUACAAAGGAACAGUGAUUCACUCUUGGUGUUGAGUCUUUUUAGGUCUCUAUAAGGUCAACAAAACCUACUUUUGAAAUAAAAGCCCACGUAGAAAAACGUCCGGUUUUUGUCAUGGAGAACAUUUUUUUGUAGGAAAGUAAAACUGAUUCAAAGCACCAACGAAACAACAGGACUGUAACUUUACGCGAGUUUUCGAUUUCCCGCCAUCAGAUAGUUACUAGCUGUUGCUGGUAUUAGGGACUGUGCAAUAAUUAUCAGGAGGGGGGGGGGGCUGAAAAACUAGAGUUAUCUAGCAAAAACUUAGACAGUACCCCCCCCAAAACAAAAAAAAAUUAGUUCUAACCCCCCCUCUGUUAAGUUAAAAAUAACGUCGCACCCCCCUUCCCACCACACUGGUAAACUCAAAACUGGACUGAGCUGCCAUCACAGCUUCAAUAAUGACAAACGUUAUUAUGUAACAUCUAGUAUCGAGAAGGAUGUUGAUCGCUUGACUGAAGAUUUAGACAAAGCAUUUGCUAAGUACUGGGGUGCUUACCACAUUGGCUCAAAAUCUAAAAUUUCUGAAGCCAGAAAGAGAAAGGAGCAGGGAAAAAAUCAAAGAACAGGAGAUUGAACGCUUCAAAUAACAGGAGAGCCUGUUGAACUUUUUUAUGAGCCACAUAUGUAUGGAAUUCUGCAAAUCGAUUCAGUCGAUGAAGAAACAUUAUUUUUUGUCACAUCAAAAACCGACAAAGCUUGUCUACGAGAUCUGUUUGAUUCCCAUUGUUUUAUGGGGGAAGCUGAAAAACAAGUUCAUGAUUUUUGCUUUACAUAGGAUCCGCUCAAUUAAUUAGAAAACGGGUUAAAAUUGAUCAGUUGUGAACUUGCUUUUCAUUUUGAUGGAAUAUUUUCAAUAAUCGUUUAAGAGCCAUUUUCUGAGAAAAUCGAGAAUCGCAAGACACUCGUCAAAAAAUCGAAUUUUUUAUUAUUUUGCCAAAACAUCCCUUUUAGUGACCUAAUUUAAGGAAAAAUAGUUUUGGGUUCAAACGAUUCAUUUUAAAGGAAAAAUUUUAAAAAGUUUGAAAAACCGAUUUUAUUCCUGUUUUUCGAACAAAACACGGCAGGAUGCAAUGGCAACUUCGAGAGAAGGGUGAAAGCGUAAGAAACAUUCCCUGACACUGAAACUUAAUUAUUAUUUUGUUCUUACUCCUGAAAACCUUAAAAGAAAAUUUGAAAAACAAUGUCUUGUAUUUUUAUAAUCGACAAGUCUAAAGAGGUCAUAUUUGUGACGUUAGACGUGCUAGAAAACGAAGGCCAACUUUGACUAUUAAAAAAGGCCUCUGGUAUAUGCCGCUUGCUCAUAAAAUCAAUAUAAAAUGGAACCUUGGCGUUUGUACUAACUUACUGGAAAGUUUUAGCUCUGGAAAUCAAAUACCAUCCUGACACCAAAGCAAGCGGUGAGAGCAAUUGAAUUGGGAAAUUUAUGCAAAUUAGACGGCUUGCACCCUACUUGCAGACGGUUGUCAAACUAAAAGAAAGGUUUUACAUGAAAGGAUUACUCACCAUUGCUUGUAACACGUUUUUACGGCAAGGAAAGUUAUUUCCAACUUUUGUUGCGUCGGUUUGAGUCACAAAAUCCAUAAUUUUAAGCCAAAAGGUCCAAAAGACAAACGUACGUUUGCUCAGCGACUGCGCCAGAAUCCGGCCGUGAAUCGAAAUAAAGUCACAACACGUCACUGCGGUCCUUUAGAAGCAAGAGUUGCAAGAGUUUUUACUUCAGUCAGGAGGCCAAAAGAUUGAAAAUUCAUCGCAAACUAAUGACUUCGAUUUUGAAAACCUUUCAUCACUUCAAUCGUUCGUCGGCUGAUGAUAAACAUCGCACAAGAUCGUAUGACCUUUGGCGUGUGACCGGAAAUCGGUCACACGCUUAAGUCACGUUAGCAUACUGUCACGAAUUUUAAUACGAUUUUUCACGUUUCCUUUCGACAAAAAAUAGACUCAUCGAAAUAAAAUCAGGCUUGCUUUAUUUUUUUUAUUUUUUUAAAAUUUCUUUUAUAGCCUGCAGAACUUGUUUCCCAUGCAUCGCGCGUGUCUCGCGCCCCCAGUCAGCUUCGCAGUGCUAGCGUGAAAAGCGCAAAAGACUGAAAUUGACUCCUGUUCUGCAGUUGAUUUCUUUUAUAGACACCUUCUAGGCAUUGACAGGCUGUGGAAAAAGUGUUUAUUAUUAUUAUUAUUUUUUUUUUUGAAGUGCUACAUCAUUUUCCUAUAAAUUUCAAACGUGACUGUUAAAAGACUGUUUGGAACCCAUGGAUGGAGAAAAGCUGUGCCGGAGAGAAGGUCAACCUCCCAGCCGAGCCAACUUUUGCGAGCGUUUAUAUGAGGAAAAAAUUUGUCCGAGUCAACAGUGCUUGCGCAUGCUGUCUUUGUCUAGCCUUGACCGUGUUGUCCCAGCUAGCUGGGCGAGCCAAAGUGGAGAAAUAUUAGCCGGGCUAGAAGGGUGAGGCCACCACUGGAGGGCUGACUUCCGGAAGCCUUCAACCCCGCCCACUACUGGUAGUAAGGCGUCUAUCCGAACCAACCUUUUGUUUCUCAUCUAAAUGGUUUACCAAGUUUUGUAAGGAAAUGGAGGAAAAGUUGGCUCGCCCAGGGUAGCUUGGGAGGUGAGUAAACACCAGAUAACCCCAAUAAUAAGCACAAACUUUGAUUGUCAGUUAGAUGUCCACAGGAGCCGAUCGGCUCCUGGAUGUCCACUAUUUUAAGUAAGCGACCUGGGAUGUGAUUGUCGCAUCCAUGCCCCCUUCCAGAUCCCCUUUAUUAUCGGUAAGCCUCUGAUAGGUCAAAGUAAUACAGUCGUGCCUCCAGUAAGCGACCACCAAAAAUGAAAAGACUUAGUGGUCUCUAACGGGAGGUGGCCGUUUAGAAGAAUCGGACCACAUGGGGUCUAUUCCGAGAAGAGGUCCAGGCACAUUCUAUUAAAUGGCGGUGUAACAAAUUCCUGGCAAAAUAUUAUCUUUUACCUCUUUUGACAAAUACAGCUUUUAAAUCAUGCUCAAUUUAAAGAGGGAUUCAGGUGAGUGAGAUAUAGAAUAGUCUAGAAUCACAACAGAAUCUUCACUUUGUUGGCUACAUCUACUAAGUUAGGAUAUGUGUAGUUCCACGAUGUCACUAAAGGUCUUCAUAUUUUCUAAGGAACAUAGUACACACAGCAAAAAUAGAGAGCAGAGAAUGCGUCAACUGGUCGCUUAUAGAAAACAAUUAACCAUGACGCCCAAAAAGUGGUCGCAGUCACUUACAGAAGGUGGUCGUUUACUGGAGGUUCCAACUGUAAGGCUUUGACUGGGAAAAUUUGGUCUUUUGGAUUGGCGGUCGCACAAGGAGGUUCGACUGUGUUAGGUCUAUUAGAGUAUAAGCCACCAUCACCUCACUGUGAGUGACGAGAGCCAGGAAAGUAUAGUAUACACUCCCUUAGGAUACACAGAAUCGUUGUUUUGAGGUCCCGUUUAGCGAAAUGGAUCAUUCAAGGGAGGUGCUGAAGUCCCAUAGUGAAAUUUAUAAGGUUUAUGGGUUUUUAGUGCAAGGCGAAACACAAUACUUAGGGCCCUGUUGUUCAAACGUUGAACAACAGGAAAUCACUAUCAAGCGAAUAAGAAGAAGCAAUUGCGUUACUUAUUGGAUAUAGAUUUAUCCACCCGGGGGCGUUAGUCAACUUUUCGAACAUACAGCCCCUCAGUCACUCUCCUCCGCAGACUUACCCUGGGUAGACUACGAGUAGUCCCCCAUUUUUCCUCAGGGAUAGUAGAGCGAGCGAAACGCGAGGGUGCGUGAAAAUUACCCCACGCGAGAAAAGGCACGCGCACUCGCGUUUCGCUCGCUCUACUAUCCCUGAGGAAAAAUGAGGGACUACUCGUAGUCUAUACCCUGGGCGACCAGGAUAAGGGAAUAUAAUACUCGACCUUCCUUGCAUCAUCGCGAGAGCCUAUAGCCUUCACUUUCUUUUGGCUCGUCCUACAAUCCUACCUAACGUUCGUGGGACAGGAAAGUCUGCUUGCGAGGCUUGGGAAUCUAGGGAGACUAUGGUAGCAUGGUGCAAAUAGCCGGGAUGAGCUACUUUGUCCACACGAACCAAGAGGAUUGGGUCUGCUAGAAGAAAUCAGGUGUAGCUUUCUGUGAUAAGUAAUAUUCCAACAGUAUAGGAUCGUAGUUUGAGGCCAUUUCACAAUCACUAGUUUCCGCGCACCUCUACCGGCGAGUUGUGGACAAAAGCAGCUGAUAGCUGUAUGCGAACCUUUUUUCCACAAAAUGGUUUCUGGGUUUGCGUAUUCGACAGUGUCAUGUAUUGAUUUUUUUUAAUCUUAAUCGAGGUCUUUUUUAUUAUGUACUGUCUAUCUGACUGACUGUUUCUUUGUGUUUUUUUUUUCUGGUAAUAACAGGUUUCAUAAUUUGGUCGUGGUUGGGGUUAUAAGCUCCUGAUCGUGAGCAAAUAGCGAAAAAAUCAACAAGCAAAACCAAAGUGAACUAUAGCGUUGAGUCCGUUGGCCACGGAGAAUUGGUAUUAUUCUGCAAGUUCUUUACUACAGCAAGAGAGUAUAUUCCCUUGACUAUGGGACAUUGGGCCGGGGGAACUUAGUAUUUUGACCCGGCAUAGGGGAGGAGGGGAGGGGGAGGGGGAGGGGGUACUCUGGCCAGAUUCCAAGUCACGGGGAUGAUCGAAGUAUGUUUUUUUCUUGGUUUGAAAAUAUUGUGAACAAAUUUUUUUUUUUAGCUGUGGCUUUACUUAAGUAUUCAAAAUAUUCGUUCUUUUUUGGUCUUAAUUUUCGCUUCCACGGAUCACUCACGACACUUGGAAUCCGAGGUACCCCUCCUGUUUAGUACUUCUAAGGCAAAAAAGCUGUUUCAAAGCCUAGUAGGUAAAUAAAAGAAAAAUAAAUAUGCAUGGCUGUUUCUGCUGCGAUGAGAGGAUUUCUUGUCAAAAAAUGUGAAAACUGUAUUAAAAUUGCUGACAACAGCUACGAAAAUUUCGUGACAGCAUGCUGACGUGACUAAAGCGUGUGACCAAUUUCCGGUCUGCCUCCUGACUGAAGUAAAAACUCUUGUAACUCUUGCUUCGACGUGUUGUGACUUUAUUUCGAUUCACGGCCGGAUUCGGACGCAGUUGCUGAGCAAACGUACGUUUGUCUUUUGGCUAAAAAUUAUGUAUUUGUGACUCAAAACGACGCAAAAGAAGUUGGAAAUAACUUUCCUUGCCGUAAAAACGUGUUACAAGCAAUGGUGAGUAAUCCUUUCAUGUAAAACCUUUCUUUUAGUUUAACAACCGUCCGCAAGCCGUCUAAUUUGCAUAAAUUUCCCAAUUCAAUUGCUCUCACCGCUUGCUUUGGUGUCAGGAUGAUAUUUGAUUUCCAGAGCUAAAACUUUCCAGUAAGUUAGUACAAACACCAAGGUUCCAUUUUAUAUUGAUUUUAUGAUCAAGCGACAUAUACCAGAGGCCUUUUUUAAUAGUCAAAGUUGGCCUUCAUUUUCUAGCACGUCUAACGUCACAAAUAUGACCUCUUUACACUUGUCGAUUAUAAAAAUGUAAAGCAUUGUUUAUCAAAUUUUCUUUUAGUAUUUUCAAGAGUAAGAACAAAAUAAUAAUUCGGUGAAGUUUCAAUGUUAGGGAAUGUUUCUUACGCGUUCACCCUUCUCUCGAAGUUGCCAUUGCAUCCUGCCGUGUUUUGUGCGAAAAACGAGCAUAAAAUCGAUUUUUCAAACUUUUCCUAAUUUCUCCUUUAAAAUAAAUCGUUUGAACCCAAAACUAUUUUUCCUUAAAUUAGGUCACUAAACGGGAUGUUUUGGCAAAAUAAACAAAAAUUCGUCGUGCGAUUUUCUCAGAUAAUGGCUCUUAACAGCUGUUCGUGUUGAUAUUUGUUACAGUCUAUCAUGAUGCCUGUAUUGAGAAUCUUUUAUUGCGUUUAAUUUUAUUUACAUUUCGAAUAAAACUUAAGGCCCCCCCUCCGUCAAGUGAGUGAUUUUACUUUGAGCCCCCCUAUCUUGGCAGCAAUUUUAUGUAAUGCCCCCCCGCUGGUUUUAGGGCCCCCCCUCCUGAUAAUUAUUGCACAGUCCCUAACCUACAAACCACUUGAGGGACUCAAGCAGAACUGACAACGACAGUCUGACUUACAACAACUGACCGUUACUAGUAUAUACACUCUAAAUCAGAAAGAUCUGUUUUAGCCCUAAAAACAGGGCCGCUUCGGUGAGUAAAAUACAGUCCUAUUUUUGGGUCUAAUUUGGCUCCCUUAAAUCAGUGCCAAUACAGUCCAAUUAGCUAAGGCUGAUUUGGUCCCAGGGCUGAAAUGGGCUCUACCGUGGGCUGGAAUAGCCUUUUGAUUGAGCUUUUUUGGCCAAAAUUGUGCUCAAAUGGCUCCAAGAAGGGCUGAAUCAGACUUUGGCCUGCAGGGCUGAAUUGACACUUUGGGGCUGAAACAGAUCUUUUUAAUUUACAGUGUACUAAAACAUUUUCGGGCUGAAACGCAAUCAAAUUAACAUCACGGCUUAAUUCACAGACGACAUUGCAGCCUAUUGAAAAAUCAGGUCAAUAACUACCACACAGGUUGUCGAAAUAUUAGUCACCGUCUAUUCACCGUGUAUUCACAACCACACUCACCCGGAUGAUCAUAUACCUAAUUAUGUUCCAGCUGCUCAGCUCCAUAAAUUCUGCUGUAUAACUGGCCCAGUUUCUGUGUAAUUGAUUUACGACGCCAAACAUGUAUCACAAAAGGACUGCCAUGAAUGUGAACACCACGUAAGCACACGUUCAACAUGUAGUCUCCUGGCUCCGCAUCUUCAGGGACUCUGCAAAAAGCCCAAUAACUACCAUCACCACAGUCCGUUACAUUUCCUGUGGCCUUCUCGUUACCAAACUCGUCUUUAAGCUCCACCGUAAACAAGUCGCCACCCAGAGACCGCCGACGGUUUUGGGGGUCAUGAGCAACAAUAUUAAAGGACCACCCACCUCCACAGACUACACAACAAUAUUCCAUGCCCAUCAUGCCCAUCAUGCCCAUGCCCUUUGCAAUUGUAUUUUCUGCACAGGUUGAAUCGUCAAUGACGCUAACCUUGUUACUGAGCGCGUCCACUAGGUCCUGCAGUCUCUUGUGAUCAAAGAUAAGCUUCGGGACAAAAUGGACCUGUGGCUCAAGCGGCAUUGGCUGAUUUUCUCUGUCCCUGAGUGUCGACUCUAAAGCGGACCUGGCAACCAGAAGCUCAGCAUCAUCAAAGGAUCGGAUGCGGGAUAAAACACUCUGAACAGUACUCGCUAUGCUUUCUUGAAAUUUGCACAAGCGGUCUUGCUGCUCUGCGAGGAUGGCUGCCUUGUUAUUGUAUAACUGUUCCAGCUCUUUCGUCAGAGUUUGCUCUUUGGUAGUGAUUUCAGCAUAAAUCUAUAAAGCAUACCAUACAAAGUGUCUUUGAAAUUAUCUAAACCGUGGAUCAAAACAGCUAAUAUAAGGAAAUCUUACGUUUUGAAAACUGGUAUUUGAAGGUAUAUUGAUUUGCAUAAUUUGCAAUAUUUUGUGGGCGGCAUAGAACAAGGAGCGAGAAAAACGACAGAAUUUGUCCGCGUACAGACUGUGAGUAAGUUAAGUUGUUGCUUUAAUCUUAUAGAAUCGCCCGGGUUACUUCCUAUGAUGGCCUAUACGGGAAGGUUCCGCCCGAAAGGAGUACUUUUCUCAGGCUUCAGGUAUAUGAAAGGAUAGCGGUUUCACUAGUUGAAGUCAAGAGCCAUAAUAGUCCUUCUAUGAUUCCUUGUUGAAGUAUAUAAAAGGGUAGGAAAAUCUCUCAUUGCAGUCUGUGAAAAGACCUAGAAGGGCUAACAGAUGCAUUGUAUGCUGUAACAAAGACAAGAAAACAUCCUUGUGUAGUGAUUUAUUCAUAUUCAAAAUACGCUGCAUUUACAAACGAGGCAUGUGAAAGGGGUACCAUUUGACAAUGAAAGGUAUACAAAACAGAUACCUUUUUUUACUACUGGGCGGAGCCUCCCCGUAUGAACUUUUAUAUUAAGUACCCCCCUACCCCGCCGGUUGAAAAGGUUGAAAAGAAAUGCGUCCUCCGGUUUGAAAACUCAUACAUUUUGACUCGUUGUGCCCUUAGGUAAAAACCAAAAAAUAUCAAAACGCGUUUUCAAAAACGCCCUCAUUUAUGUCUAUCAGUGUGUGGACAGGUAAAGGAAAAGAGAAAACCAAAAGAUUUCUCGAAAACGUUGACGUUAUAGCGAGUCACGCAACACCCGGCUUCGUUGGUCGGGUAAGUUUGUUGUCCCCGCUCUUUUAAGUAAAUUGCAAUGAUUUCUUUUACAGAGGUACCAUCUCACAGACCAGUGAAUAAAUGGGGUAGUAAAAACGCCUGGCACAGGCGUAACAUAGUAUUAGUAGAAAGAAGCGUGGCAAAUUUAGUCAUUACACUCAAUUGAUUACUUACUUUUAAAAAAAAAAAACGAGGUCAUUAUAUAGAGUAACGCCACUUUACAGCUCUAUAGAGUCUUCUAUGAGAAUACUAAAGUACGCGAGGAACGUUUGAAUCUUUUUUGCUAUGUUUGGGUGGAAGGGUCUGUAAAAUAAGGGGGAGCCCACCUCCUUGAAUAACUUAUGAAUUUCGGCAGCUUGCUCUCCACGCGCCUUUUCCAUGUAAAGACGUGCUUUCACCACUUGAGUUUCUCCAUCUUUAAUAACCUCGGUGCGAGCGUUAACUUUAGUGGCAAGUUCCUGCAUUCCCUUACGGCACUUUGAAGCCGCCUCAGCUAAGGAUGAACAAUCAUGACCUUGGUGAUCAAGCUUGAUGCAUCCCCUACAAACCACGUGACCGCACACCUCGUCGAAUAAACGGAAUCGCUCUUUAUGUUCCUGGCAGAAAACAUUCACAAGUGACGUCUCCAAGGAGACAACUUUGUGAUCACAACUUGCUUUGUUGCGAGUGUGAAAGCGAGCUGCAUCCUUACACAUGUCCUCUUUACAGUCUAAGCAGAAAAAGGUCGCGGGAUGUUUAUCAUCACAAGCUUCGCAGGUGUAUGAGCCUUCACCUUUUUGGUGAUGGUGCUUGACAUUUUCGUUAAUAAUGCUCAACAACGCAAAAUUCUUUGGUAGCCCUGCUACUCCGGCUUGAGGUACGUUAACUUCAUCUCUGCAUGUGGGACAGGGAAUUUUGUUAUCUGCAGUGAGUAAACGCUCCAGGCAGCAGGUACAAAAGCUGUGACCACAACUCAGAAUACGAGGGCAAAUAUUUUGAUCUUCAAAUGGUUCGCAACAGACUGGACAUUCAAGUACUUCUGCAGACGCCAUUACCUGAAAUAAAACGGAAGACAUGUUGGAAUUAAACCUCUACACAGUCAGGCUAACGAAGUAAUCUUGAGGGCAACAAUCAUGGCACUUUUUGCAAGCGUGGCUAAGGUUAGUCGGUUUGGUUGGGCCGGACCAAUGCUCAGCACUUUAAAAUAUCUGAGAAUUGAAGGUACUGUCUUUGCCCUUCACUGCAAAUAGCCAGAUCUUCGCGUGGCUCGGAUGACCACGUAGAAACACAUGUAUGCCAAGCUAACGAGUGAGAAUUGCUGUUACGUAACUGAAAUAUUAUAAGGCUUUGUAUAAGGAUUUGAGCGAUCGUUAUUUAGGGUUCAAAACAGCCAGAAAAUCCAUCAGAAUAUCUUACCUUGCCUCGUUGUCUUAUUUAUAUUGUGUUCUUAGCAUUUUUGGAGUAUCAGGGCGAUUUCAACGAGUUUAAGUAACACUUACAGACAGUAUCGUGCAGUGCCGGCUGUACUAAUAUGGAAAUUUUGUCUGCACCAAGAACUGCAAUAUAACAAAGUUAACAAUACUUCGUAGAUCUUAUAAGUAAUACCGGUAUAUAAGAAUUUGGCGAACCGGGGAUAACUUAUUUGUCCCUAUGACUCAAGUAUUAUCAGGACACUCACUUAGUAUGAUCAUCGCUUCGUCGUAAAAACUUAUUGCAUAUACCUCUUUUUUUUUAACAACCUUAUCAGGUCAUUAAAGCAGGGAAGUAGCCCUUCUAUGGAGUUUCGGUUUCGUGUUGUUGUAACAUGAGGUGUAACGUUAUGUGAUUUCUACAAAUAAAAACGUUGUUAUAGAAAAGGCAUCUUUUAAAUUUUUGGAUAAAACGUCUUAGGAUUCCAGUCAGUCAAAAUAGAAAAACAGCUUACAUUCAUUUCACUAUCAAACGGCUGCUUCAAAACAACAUACUGACUCAUGGCGAAGUCACAGUCGCACAAGAUCGGUACUCAAAAUGAUUUACCGAUUUGUUUGCGGUAAAUGUAAAUGAUUGUAAUGCACAGCAAAUUCAAACUCACCUACGACGUCGAGGGUUUGCAUAACUGUCUCGAAUUCUCCCAACUACUCGAGUGUUUAUAUCAGGCUAUUCAAACACAGGAAAAAAGUUUUCUAUUGCUUAAUAUUGCUUUUUCUAGAAAAAUACUGUUACUUUUCCGUUUACAAGCAAUUUAUUUGUAAACGUUAAGUUUCACAGUGCAUAAGGAAAUGUACCGAAUUUACGCGAAUUAGCGCCGCGGCGCUUAUUUGAGAGCAGAGCUUAAUACCAUAGCAAUACCGCUUAGUAAUGUAUUUACUCGAAUAAGCGCCGCGGCGCUAAUUAACUCCCCCACCCCCCUAAAUGCGGCGCUUAUUUGAGGGCGGGGCUUAAUCGAGUAAUUACUGUAAUUGGCAGCUUAAUAGUUUAUUACAUUUAGGGCAAAUUGUUAUUACAUUUAGGACUUUAUUAAAUUUAGGACAAAAUUUUAUUACAUUUCGGACUUUAUUAAAUUUAGGACCGUUUAUUACAUUUAGGCCUUCUACAGGCGUAACGAGAAACAGCGUAACGAGUUUUUACUUUUUUUCUUUUUUCUUUUUUCUGGAACGCGAUUUCUCCAAACUAUUGAGCCGGAUAAAAAUCAUACCUAAAUCGUUUUGUCUCAUGAAAAAGAUAUCCUCAUCUUGCAUCUUUGAUGAGGGAUACAUUCGUUUAGUAUACAGCUAUUUCGGGAAAGUUUGUCGGAAAAAAUAUGCACGCGACAAUCCCGAAAGGUAAUAUGGGAUAUGAUCAAUACACUGUUCCUGACGACUGUAGCUGUCGAACCUACUUUUGUUGCUUUCCUUUAGCACGCGCAAACACAUUUCCAUGGCCUUUCGUGCCAAUUCUUUCAAAUUUCUUUGAAAAAAAGAGAACUCGAAACCACCCACAAUGCCUUUCAGGAUUGUUGCGUGCACUUUUCCCGACAACCUUUCUCGAAAUAGCUGCAUACACCAGACCAAUUAUUCAAGAAUAUUCACCUCCUGGAGAGUGGAUAAUGUGUGAACUCGGUGUUUUUCCCAUUUUUUCAGGGAACGAUUGACUGUAUAACGGCUUCAGGUCGUUUAAUUUAUUCUCCAAAGUGUCUCCUGGAUCUGAAUAACUAACACCGAUUUUCUUUUGUAAGGGAAUGCGAUGGUUUCCUGCAAUGUUUUGUCAUGCUGGGCCCAGGUCGUUAGUGUUUCUUUUUUUUACAGGAUGUUAAAUUCUUAGUGAUUUACAGAUAAAAAAAUGAAGCUGCAUCAACUAUAGAGAAUUGCAUUGUGACAAAAUUGCUGAUUGGUUCUCCACGCUAACUUCAUCAGUUGCCGGGUCAGCUUUGUUCUUAGAUCCUUUUACAAGAGCACUCUAGUUGUCUGUGCCGUGGCGAGAACGGUAAGCCGUUCUGUCUAGCUGAGCUUUGACCUGCAUGGAUCGUUCGAAUUCAUUGAGAUUUCACCAUUAACGCCGUCCACAAGUUCCAAAAUACAAAAAAAAAAAUUAUUUUGCUUUCACACACGCGCCUUUAAAGUUCAUUUCCGCUUCACGGAAGGACAAACAUUUUAUUGGCCAAUUAUGACAGCUGAUGACAGCAUCAAAUGUCGGUGCGUGAACUCAGGCAUGACAGGCCACGUGGGCGGUUUUCAAAAUCGAGGGAUUUGUCUGCAAGCGUUUCCUUCCUUUCUUCCCCACCCCCUCCCCGUUCUUUUACUUGCGCCAUUUUUCGCGCGGUCUUUGACACUUAUUCCUCGUUCUUUGCUCCUAAACCGCACACACUUGCUACGCAGGCUAACGUAUACGCAAAAUUCAAUCCUUAGUCGUUAGCAGGGAUGCAUUUGACAACAAUAGAAAUUUAAGUUAUUAUGGAUCUCAGAGAUUUGGAUUGAACAGCAAGAAAUGUUUACUGGGAAAUGGAAAUACAAUAGCAGAGGUAUUCUGCCAAAAAUUUUCCAUGCGGAUGCACUUAUGACAAGUCUGGCUAGUCCAUUAGUAGCCCAUACUUUAAAACAUGAUUAAUUUAUUUGUCUUUCGUACGUCGUGCAAUUACAUCUUCUGAACACUCGGAGAGAAAACUAUCAAAAGCACAUAGAACAUAUCACUGUACCAAUUUUAAAAGGGAGACAAUAUAUUUGCCAACCAUGUUUUGUCGCACUUUGUAAUAAAAUUGUCGCACUCUGUAAUAACACUUGUCGCACUUUGUAAUAAACUUGAAAUGUACGGUCGGAGGACAAGUAAACCCAAUAAUUGUUAAUAUAGAGAUACAGCCAGGACUAAAAGCGUAGCUCUAGUCAAUAAAUUUAUAAUUCUUUCAAUCUUCAGGAUAAUUGAAGCACGCGCCUAACGAAUUAUGCUGUGGUUAUAUGGCCGGUAAACGGUCAAGGUUUUCAAAACACUGAAUGACCGGCAGUCUUAUAUUCUCAGUAAAUUUCACAAAAUCAAAAAAUCCCAGAUAAUCUAAAUUAUCAUAUGUCGAUUAAGAGAAGUCAAGCGAUCCUGAAAUGCUUUAUAGAUCUCAAGUAUAGCGUUUGGUUUACGCUGAGCUCAGAAGACUUUUUUCAAAACACUAAAUGACCGGCAGUCCUAUAUUCUCAGUAAAUUUUUACAAAAUCGAAAAAUCCCAGCUAAUCUAAAUUAUCAUGCGUCGAUUAAGAAAAGUCAGUCUAGCGGGUUUACGCUAGGCUCAGAAAACGAAACCAUGUUUUUUCACACUAAAAAAUUUUUUCAGCUCGACUGCCGGUCAAAGUUUUCAAAACACUAAAUGACCGGCAGUCCUAUAUUCUCAGUACAUUUUGCUUGACUUUUCUUAAUAGACAUAUGAUAGUUUGGUUUAGCUGGAUUAUUUCGAUUUGUGAAAUUUACGGAGAAUAUAGGACUGAGGGUCAUUUAGUGUUUUGAAAACCUUAACCGGCAGUCGAGCUGAAAAAAGUUCUAAGUGUCACAAAACAUCAUGGUUUCGUCUUCUGAACCCAGCGUAAACCAAUCGCUAUACUUGAGAUCUAUAAAGCAUUUCAGGAUCGCUUGACCGUACUACGGAAGCCGAAAAGGGACAAUCCAAAAAUAUUUUGCGAAUCCCAAAAAAUAUAUCAAAUCGAAAUAUUUUGUUCAAAAUCACUGUCGAAAAGUUUGACAAAUCUAAAAAACUAUUGCAAAUCCUAAGAAAAUUAGUGGAUAAAUAGUCUCUAUUAGAGACUAUUCUCAAUAGUCCGAAAAUAUUUUGCAAAUCCAUAAAAAUUAUUACAAAUCGCAAUUUUUGUACAAAUCAUUAUUGAAGAGUCUGGCAAAUCCUAAGAGACUUACUGGAUCAGCGAAUAAUUUUGUAUAAAACUCUAAAAUAGUUUACAGUCCAAGAAUCGUCGUGAAAUCCCAAAAAAUAUUUUGGAAAUCGAGAAAAAAGUUUUGUCACGUGCUACUUGUGCCAGCAGUCAGCCAGCGUCAUAAGGGCGUUUUCCCGCCAUUUCCCGCAUCCAAAAUGGCGAACGAAAGAUCUCGAGAAAGAGGUUAGAAACAUCUAGUACGAUGUUCUGUCACAGAUGUGGAAGAGAAUCUGGGAACAAUGAAAUAUUCUGCCGUUGGUGUGGAACACUAAAAAGGCGUGAACAGGAAAGUGUGUUGUACAGCACGGAAGGCGAGAGAUUGGCUAUAGAACAUUACUUUAAAAAGGGAUUUUGUUAUGAGACCAUUGUUCACUUUUCUGGCAGAAUACCAUGGGAUUUCAAUGAACGUGAGGACUUUGAAGAGAAGGCUACGUCAUUAUGGGUUACGAAGAAGAAAUCACCUUCAUUCAGAACGCACUGUUCGGGAAGUAAUCAAACGAGAAAUUGAGAGCCCUUUAUCACUUCUUGGAUAUCGUGGAAUGUGGAACAAGCUAAGAACAACCUACCAUGUUACUGUUCCUGGAGACAUGGUCAUGAAAAUUUUACGAGAGUUGGAUCCAGAUGCAUCCGUCCUUCGAAGGGCUAGAAAGCUGCACCGUCGAUCAUACGUCUCACCAGGGCCAACGCAACGUGGCAUGUCGAUAGCACGCGACAAAACUUUCUUUUUCGAUUUCCAAAACUUUCUUUUUCGAUUUCCAAAACUUUCUUUUUCGAUUUCCAAAACUUUCUUUUCGAUUUCCAAAAUAUUUUUUGGAAUUUCAUGACGAUUCUUGGACUGUAAACUAUUUUAGAGUUUUAUAAAAAGUCAUUUAAGGAUCCAAUAAGUUUCUUAGGAUUUGCAAUGUUUUUUUAGAUUUGCUAGACUCUUCAAUAUCAUGCGGAUUUGUACAAAAAUUGCGAUUUGAAAUAUUUUCGGAUUAUUGAGAAAGUUAUUUCUGGAUCCACUAAUUUUCUUAGGAUUUGCAAUAGUGUUUUACAUUUGUCAAACUUUUCGACGGUGAUUUUGAAAAAAUAUUUUGAUUUGAAAUAUUUUUUGGGAUUUGCAAAAUAUUUUUGGAUUGUCCCUUUUCGGCUUCCGUACUUGACUUUUCUUAAUCGACAUAUGAUAAUUUAGAUUAGCUGGGGUGUUUUAAUUUUGUGAAAUUUACUGAGAAUAGAAGACUGCCGGAACCGAUAGCCACAGCGAUAAAAAUAACAACAUCAUAAGACGUUUUUACAUAGAGAAUUCAUCAUUAGACGAGACUGUUCAGUCAGGUCAAUCUGCCAUUAUGAAGUACGCAGGGUAAUAAUGGGCUUUGAGCAAAAAUUUUCGAAAAAAAAUAUAUUUUAAUUCAAUUUACAAAAUCACCCAUUCGACAAGCCAAUUCUAAAUUUUGCCAAGCGCCGAAACUUACAAUGCGAGCCGUCGGGUAUUUGAAUGAACGCUGGUAAUGAGGACGAGGUCUCAGAAUCAUUUUCGUUUGCAUUUCACUUCUAAAACACCAUAUUCAUUUGAUACACAUUUGAUAACGCAUUUUAAGUACUCCCGCAUGCGAUGUUAAAAUCAAUGUGAUACUAUAGCCUCCUCGAAGCUCUAAGAUAGUAGUGCAGUCGUGCGCUUGGUUUGUUUUAUUUUCGCGACGUUAGGGCCUGUCACAGACUAAUAUGAUGCGUGAAGACAUUUUACACUAUUUUCACUUUUCAGUCAACAAAGAUAGUGAUGUCUAUGAUAUGUUUGCAAAUAGGCCUCGGCUGCAAUCAUUUAACUUCGGAGUGGGAAUGAGAGGGGUAAAGCUUUUGCUUGAAUGUAAAAAGAAUGAGGCUAAGAUUUCCGAACAUCCCCAUUCACUUUAAUAUGAAUACUGACAUGUUUCGACUCUAUUCGGUUAAACUGUUGAGGUGAGCAGUAUCUCUAACGAUUGUCUUGUUUAUGUUUUCGUAGUUUUGUAAUUGGCACUCUCUGGAAUUUAAAGAGUUACGUUUCUGAAUCAUCGAGCUGAACGAUGGCAGAAUUUGCUUGAAUCUCGCUGUGCAUACUGCCUUAUAACAACCCUCGCCUUCAUAUAUUCAUAUAAAAGACAAUCACUUACCUUAAGUGAGGAAAACAGCGAAACAAAGCGAGUGCAAGAGCUUCUCUCACACGACCUCUCCACCGACAACACUUCCGCCUUGUUGGCGGGAACUAUGUUUCGUCACAGAGGAAACAUUUCACUUCUGCACGUUAGGGUAGGGUGGGGUUAUGACACUUUUGAAAUACUUUCUGAAACUCUCUGCGAAAGCCUUACUUGAGGCUUUUUUACUAGUUAAAAAAAACAGCAAAUACACAAAGAAAAUUGACUCAGUCCUUUAAGGCCUUCGAAAAUAUGAAGUUUCACCCCACCGGUUAGUCCCUUCGUCCCCAGGAACACACGUGAUUUCCGAUGUGAAGCCCCCUAUGCACAAGUACAGUUAGGCUGCCGCCUUAUAAAAAUAUGAGACUAGAUGAUGACCACAAUGUAAAUAGAUUAUCCCAAUCUACUUAGCUUUUAAGUUUUUAAGUUUCAGAGUCUCCUUCUCCUUUAACUGAAGGAGAAGGAUAUUCUCAAACUAGUGGUAAAUUCUCCAAUGGUGCCGUAAUGUCCUUUGCCUUUUGACGUCACCACAACAUUAAAGAUAACUGUUAUCAACAAUUUGAGAAGCGUAUGCCCAGACGCUUCCUUCCCUUUUGCGCUUUUCUCCCUCUCCCCUCCCCUCACCUUUUUUCGCCUGCCACGCAGGCUAACCCAGAUGAAGCCUUUGUGCGAAAUAUACCAGUAGUACAGGUAAAAAGCUGAAAAAACGAAGAAACAAAACGUUGCUGGCAGAUCGGAAAAAAAAACUAGCCAAGCACCAAUUUCAACGUUUUAAAAUAAACGAAGUUCUGAGUGUUUUGAGAAAUUUUUUCCUCUGGGAAUGCCUGAAUAAGACUGAGUUUUCAGCCAAAGGGAGAGAGAAAAAAAGUGAGAAACACUAAUGUAUCGUGCGCAUUGCCUAAUAAUUCUAAAAGUUCUUUCUUGUUUUUGAAAAGUAUAGAUUGAGUUCUUUUGUUUUUAAAGAACAGACUGAGUUCUGUUUUAUUAUCAUAAUUAUUGUUAUUAUCAUUAUUAUCUUUAAUAUUAUUACUAGAAGUUCUCAUUGAGAAGGGAAGUGCUGCCGUUAGUUGCGAUGCGAAUAGGACAAAGACAGUUUGUAGUACAGUUAAACAUAUGAAUUCUUUUUUAUUAAAGUCAAUAACUUAGACUUUCUGGCAUUAUGAAACACUCAGAGCGUUAUAUAAAAAAUGAUAUAAGCUCAAUGAUCUAUGAUGGCAUCAUAGAUCAUUGAGCUUAUAUCAUUUUUAGAAUUCUGCUUUUAAAGAUGUUUAGCGUUUUCACUGAUGUUAAAUCUGGAGGUAAUUUUUGCCAUAACUUAGGCCCAAGAUACCUUAAAGAAUGUUUACCAUAUGUUACAGUAUUAUGUCUAGGAAUAGAGAAAUCCAAAUGUCGUAAAGAAUAAGAAGAGUUAUGAUUAUUGAAAAGAUUACAGAUACAAGUUGAACAUAGAUUGUGCUUCACUUUGUACAUAAGGAUGCAAAUAUCCUGAAGGCGCCUAUUCAACAGUUUUUUUAGCAGUUAUUUAUUAGCAGUAAAUCGAAGUAAACAUGCUUAUGCUCUCAUGUAGCUGAACGUUUUUGCGUUUAGAGGGUUUUUUCUUUCAUGAUAUUCACAAAACACAAGGAAGGCGUUUGAGCAAAUUGGGCUACAGAAUACGAAAAAUAUGUGGCGGGAAAGUGUACUCGCGCACGCGCACCUUUGGCGCGAAGUACACAAAUCGAAUAUUAGAAUCACGAAAUGGCACCCCAAGUAUAAAAUAUUAAAUUAUAUAAUGAAACACAACUUUUGUUUACGCGAUUUGCUUACCAAGUCUAAUCGGACUACAUUAGAGUCUUAUAAAGUAGAGGAACGAACUUUUGGGACACCAUGUAAAGUCAAUAACAUCACCACUUAAUUCACAGACGACAUUGCAGUGUUACUGACAAAUCAGGUUCCGGUUGUUCAAACUUUGUAUAGCGCUAUCCACCGGAUAAAUCGCUAUCCAGUGGAUAAAUAUUAGGGAAAUCAAUUUCGUUAUCCACUGGAUAGUGAUUUAUCUAGUGGUUAGCGCUACCCACCUUUUGAACAACUGGGCCCAGGUCAAUAACUACCACACAGGUUGUCGAAAUAUCAGUCACUGUCUAUUCAGUGUAUUCAAGACCACACUCACCCGGAUGAUCAUAUACCUAAUUAUGUUCCAGCUCCAUAACUUUUUCCAUAUAUAAAGCUGGUGAAUACUUUAUCAUUAGGCUGAAAGACAUGUCACCGCAAAAGGACUGCCAUGAACGUGAACACCAUCUAAGCACACGUUCAACAUGUAAUGCCCUGGCGCCGCAUCCGUGGGGACAGUGUAAGUAGCCAAAUAACUACCAUCGCCUCUGUCCUUUACAUUUCCAGUAACCUUCUCGUUACCAAACUUGUCUUUAAGCUCCACCAUAAACAAGUCGCCACCACGAAGCCGGCGACGCUUUUGGGCGUCAUGAGCAAAGAUAAAAAUGGAAUUCUCAAAUCCUGUUCGCGUUGUAAGUGAAUCCCGUGCCAUCCACUCUUGUGUUUUCUGCGCAGGUUGAGUCAGUCGUCAAUGACGCUAGCUCCUUUAUUGAGCGCGUCCAGUAGCUCAUGGAAUGACAUACGACCAGCCCGAAGGAUAAGCUUUGGGACAAACUGGACCUUUGGCUCAAGCACCAUUGGUUGGUUUUCUGUGUCCCUAAGCGUCGCCUCUAAAGCAGACCUGGCAACGAGAAGCUCAGGAUCGUGACGGGACUGGAUGCUGGACAAAACACUCUGGACAGUACUCACUAAGCUUUCUUGAAAUUUUCGUAGGCGGUCUUGUUGCUCUGAGAGGAUGGCUGCCUUACUACUGUACAGCUGUUCUAACUCAUUUGUCAAGUGGUUCUCUCUGGCAGUGAUUGCGGCAUAAAUCUGUAAGACAAAGCAUACAUAACAUCUAAGCAAAUAUUCUAUGCAAAUGGCUCAAAAUAGCUUGAUGAGGAAGUAUAUUAUUUUAAAUUCUGAUUUCCUCCGUGGUAUUGCAUUGUUUGUGGGCGCGACAGAGAAACCCAUUCAUACAAGAAGGCAGCAAGGCCGGUUAGCAGUAGUCCGUGUAUAGAGAAUGAGUAGGAUAAGUUAUAACUUCAGGUUCAGUGAAAAUGCUCAUAUAAAAUGCGUUUUCGUCUGAAAACGUACACAUUUUGAUGCGUCGCGGCCUUCGUGCAUACAUUAAAAAAAGUUACUAAAAUUUUAAACCGGCGGGUUGUCAAAAACGCCCUCUAAAAUGAAUGUUUUAAUAGUUGUCAAUUGUUUUUGUGUGGGUGGGCAAACUCAAAGGCAAACGAAAGCGCAAAAACGCUGAUUUUAUAACCAGUUUAAUACUCAGGACCCGGCUUCGUACGUUUGUUGUUCCCGCGCUUUAAGAAAGUACCUGUUUUACCUGUUUUCUCGAAGAUUCUCGAAAAGCACGUAGCCAGCUCCCUUUUUAAAUUUGUGCACGUGCGAGAUAACAACUUGUUAUACGAGCUCCAAUCAGCUUUUAGGUCAGGACAUUCUACAGAAACAGCCCUGAUCAGACUUACAGAUCAUAUAUUAACAAACAUGGACAAUGACAAGUUGACUGGUUUGGUAUUUAUAGAUUUUCGCAAAGCCUUUGAUGUAAUCGAUCAUCAACGUCUUCUAACAAAGGUCUAUUUACGGGGUUUGUCCCUCUUCCGUCGCUUGGUUUAAAUCGUACCUGUCUGAGAGAAAGCAGUUUAUUACUUUAGGGAAAGUUAAAUCUGAACAGCUGACCGUAAAGCAGGGUGCGCCCUAAGGGUCAAUUUCACGUCCGGUGCUUUUCCUUUUGUUCGUCAACGAUAUGCCUCUUAAUGUUUACAAAUCAACUAUGGACAUUUAUGCAGAUGAUUCCACCUUGUCUUCAAGUUCAAAUAGAAAAAUCAUUUCAUCACUAAUCCAAACCGUUAUCUUAUGAUAUGGCAGAGAUAGAGAGGUGGGCGAGAGGUAACAAAAUGUACGUAAAUACGCAAAAAACAAAAGCUUUGUUGGUUACGGGAAUGCGUCCACGGAGGCGUAUGGACCACGAUUCAGGAAAGCUGGAAGUAUACCGCUGAAAUUAUACCUAACCUUUUCGAUAAGACUCCUUUAGCUUACACCAGUUUUUUCAUCGCAUGUUUUCCUCAACCAUGUUACCACGUGGCAUAGGUUGGUUGAUGUUACUUAAAAUGUAACUCACCUUUCACUUGGUCAUAAGUACGUUUUAGAGUUUGUUUUUCAGAAUCUUUUCAGUAGUUUGUCUCUUUGUUUUUAUAUAGUUUCAGCUUUUGUUUGUAUUUCGACCUUAUGGUUCUACGGAUCUUUAUAGUUCAUCGAACUGUUUUCGCUUUGUUUUUAGAUGUAUCGUUUUAUAAUCUCGAAUUUUGUACUUGUUAAUUCGUUUUCGAUUAUUUUCUUAAGUCUUGAUUCGUUUACCUUCUUCGGCUUAGUCUUAGUGUAACUUGCAACUUUGCUAUGGAAUGAUUGGAAUGUAGUUUGUAAGUUAGAAAUUAGCUUAGCCUUUUUUGUAUUUCAUGUUUCAGUUUACGAUAAGGACUUGGAUCCUAUGAUCACGUUGAAUAAACGAUUCAAGACUCCUGUCCGUAAAAUAUUUCCUCGCUUUAUAGUGUGUCGUCGCUUGCGAACUCAAGGUCGUUUUCGUAAAUUGCUUCGCUUGUGUUGGCCGCUACAUGGACAGCGUUUGACUUUUAUUGGGUGGGGAGGGUUCCUUAAACAAAGGGAAACCUACCUUCCUGAAAAAGCCAUGAAUUUGGGCUUCUUUUUCUUCAUACGCUUUUUUCAUGUCAAGAUUCGCUUGCUUCACUCUAGCUUCUGCAGUUUUAAUCACCUCGGAACGAGCGCUAACUUUAGUGGCAAGUUCCUGCAUUUCCUGACGGCAUUUUGAAGCAGCCUCACCUAAAGAUAAACAAUUGUGACCUUGGUGAUCAAGCUUCAUGCAUCCACUACAAACCACGUGACCGCAGGCCUCGUCAAAUAAACGGAAUGGCUCGCUAUGCUUUGAACACAAUGCAGUUGCAGUGGCUGAUUCCAUUGAGAUGAGUUGGUGAUCACAACUUGCUUUGCUGCGACUGUGAAAGCGAGCUGCAUCCUUACACAUAUCUUCUUCGCAGUUGAAGCACCAGAAGAUUGCCGGAUGCUUAUCAUCACAAACCUCGCAAUCGAAUAAACUUUCACCUUCUUCUUGUGGAGGUUUGACAUCGAUGAUGCUUAACAAUGCAAAAUUCUUUGGUAACCCUACGACUCCAUCUUGAGAUACGUUAACUUCAACUCUGCAAGUGGGACAGGGAAUUUUAUCAUCCACAGUGAGUAACCGCUGUAGGCAGCUCGUACAAAAACUGUGACCACAAGUCAGCAUACGAGGGCAAAGGUUUUGAUCAUCAUAACUCUCACAACAAACUAGACACUCAAGUACUUUAGGAGACGCCAUUGUCUGAAAAAAGGAAGAAGAAGACAUGUUGAGAGUAAGGCCCGGUUCAGACGUAGAACUUUUCAUGUACCCGAAUCUAAUUCUUUCAGUUAGAACGUGAAAAGACUAAAUCGAUGUACAUUAAGUUCGAGUGGUCCACAUGAAUUUCGACUCUGUCGAACCGUAGAGCGACCUCGUUUCAAAUGUCGAACUUUUUUAUGUGCCGAAUCUUAAUGCAAAAGCUACUAUAAUUUAUUUUGAUUAGAAAGCGUUUGAGUCAACAGUCGAAUUUUUAGGCUGUGAACAUCUCUCUUUUUUUUCGUAGUCUUUCGAACUCAACGCGCCAGACACGAAAAUGACCAUGUGCCUGAUGAAAGACGCGAGACGGAAGAGACGCUCGCGCGCGCAUGCACUGCCCUUAUUUACUAAAUCUGAAAAAAAAAACAGAGUGAGAGAGACUGCUCGCAGUCAUCGUCAUGGGGUCAACCCAAAUGAGUAAUAAGUUCGGUACAUGAAUAGCCUGAAUUUCAUCCGAUUACUUCGAGUCGUUAUUACUCCCUCAGUACUGGGGGAGCAAUAACGACUCGAAGUAAUCGGAUGAAAUUCAGGCUAGGUACAUGAAAAGUUCAAAGUUUUUAAAAGGGCCCAACCUCACAGUCAGGUUAACAAAGUAAUCGCGUUGGCAAGCUUAGAGCGAUGGGCUGUUGAGCAUGAGGUGAUGGGUUCGAUCUCCGGGGGCUCAGGGGACCAAACCGACACCCCUUUCGAGUGGUUAGAAGGGUUGGGGGUUGGCGUCGUUGUUUUAAGCACUUUUUGAAAUACACAUAUUUUUCGAGAUUGGUAAAGGUCAUUAUUAGGAUAUUACAACCAUUUUUACGUUUUUCUUUCAUUAGGAUUCAUUUAUUUAUUUUUUCCCCUUGAAUUGUUAUACCGUUACUCGUUUUCUCGUUACUCCGUCACUCGUGACUCGUUACUCUGUUUAGUAACACCCAGUGGGCAAAGAUAGCAAUGUCUGUGAUAUGUUUGCAAAUAGGCCUGGGCUGCGACCAUUUAACUUCGGAUUGGGAGAGGGGUAAAGCUUUAGCUUGAAUGUAACGUUUUCCCACGAAGUUAAUUAAUGUCGUCGGCUAUGUCGGUUGAAAGAAUGCACGUCGCUCAAAACUUUCUUGAAUCGCUUCAACUUUCGACUUAGUUGAAAUGCAAAGUAAAGUGACUUGAGAUUAGACCUUCACUGCCUUCACACUUACGUUUGCUAUUAACUUGAAACUCUAAAUGAAAUCGUUAUAAAUAGUAGAAAGACUGAUACAUUAAGUCUGAGGUGUUCAGUACAGUCAAUGCGACUGGAAGAACUUUGACUUUAAAUUAAUCUCUCGUUGUUAUUGAUAAAAUAACUGAACCGAAAACUUUUCCGUGUCGUCACUGAAGUCAAUCCAACAAUAUAUAGAAUGCUUUAAACUAGUGAAGUGCAGCCUCGAAUUGAAAACAAAGUACAGUACUCACUAAAGCUUAAAUUUACAAAGAGCCUAAGCGACCGACAACCCGUCAAGGUUUUCUAAUCACUGAAAAAUGUCUUACAUUCCAAUAUCUAGACUUGAAUCUGCGGGUAGAUAAAGCGAACUAGGUAAGCAAUAUCCUAUAGAUGUUCAUAUCAGGUUACAGCCAUUAAGUGUUUAGGAAACUCCGACCGGCAGACGGUCGUAUAACCACAGCGUUAAAUGGUAUAAAAAGCGAUAAAAUGUCAUCAAGACUCAAACUGAUGCCAAAACGAAUGUGACUUUGCGAGUGAAAGGGUUAUACAACGGUAUCAUGCAGAAUAAGCUUGAAUUAGUCUAUUCUACCACCUUACAACAAGCUUUGCCUUGCAAUAUAUUUAUCAAAGAAGUUGUACGUACCUCAAGUGAGGCAAAAGGCUCGAUAGAGUGAGUACCGAAACCUUCUGGCGGAGGUUGGGCGUUGUUGUCGGGAAGUAGGUAGCCUGCGUGAGACAAACCCUUUUACUUUUGCAGGGGAGGGGAGGGAGGGUGCUUGAACGUGAAGCAGAUAGAGUGUUUUCACAUGACGUCACGGCGGCCAUAUAGGUGUCGCAAAACAAUGAAACGGUGGCCAUGUUGGUGUCCCAAACCAGUCCUGUGAGAGUUAAACUCUUUUCUUAUGUAAACGCUUUCUUUUGUUAAAAUAAAUUUGCACAGACGCUGGCCACGUGAGUGAAAACGCUCUAUACUACAACUUUCCACGAAAAUUGACCUGAGGCUUCGUUUGGAGUUAAACAGCAGCAGAAGCAGCGGCGAGCUCACACUGGUAAAAACAGAGAGAAAAUCAAAUUCAGCCAACAGGUUCUUUGGAAAUAUUCAACCAUAGGUGCCUCGUCCGCAGUCACCUUCCUUGCGCGCGGUUAUUAGUGUGCGCAGUUCCUGGGUACGAGUCAUUUACUAAGACCUAGCCUGAAAUUUAUCCGAUUGCUUCGAGUCGUUUUCUCCUCUCAACAACGUCUGAAUCGACCGGCCGUUAAUGCCGCCCAGUGACGUCACUCACUACCCGAAAACCGGGUAGUGAUUUUGAUUGGUUGAUUGUCUAAACAUUCGCAUAAUUAUGUAUAAUUAUGAAAAAUUUUAGCGGGAUUGUCGCUUGAUAUUCAGCGGAUCACAUCCCUUGCAUUCUUUCGUUUAGUUCAAACACUUCGAUAAGCUUAAUCUUUAUCUUAAACAGCAAAAUUGCCCUCGUCUUCGAAACUGAAAUGCUACAUUGAACUGCGAAAGAAGAAUCAUUGCGGAGAGUCGGUAGGUUUUUCAUUUAGAGCCGCUUUGUGGUUUCGGCUGCCGGUGAUUUUGUUUACGCGAAGUUUUGUGAGAUCAAUGUUAUAAUUGGACCUUGCUAUUUUUACCGUCAAGUGUGAUGAUUCUGUUAGCUUUUCUUUCUUGUCUCCUUGUUUUUUUUUUUUCUUCGUUAAGGACCAAAUAGCUUCUUUUCAAUUAAAGCUAAUCAUUGUGUUUUUGAACUAAGUGUUCCGUGUGCGUGUUUAUUUCAUUGCGUGAUUGCGACCGAGUUUGAUUAUAGAAUUCAGUACAACCGGUCACGGGUGUCUAGAAAACGACGACCUAGAAAACGAAGACCUACGACCUAGAAAACGACGACCUACUAGAAAACAACGACCUAGAAAACGGUGACCUAGCAAAACGACGACCUAGAAAACGGUGACCUAGAAAACGAAGACCUAGAAAACGACAACCUAGAAAACAACGACCUAGAAAACAACGACCUAGAAAACGACGACCUAGAAAACGACGACCUAGAAAACGACGACCUAGAAAACGACGACAAGGAAGGGGUAGCUCGAAGGAUUAAG